GAGGAGAGCGCAAUCGUGGGAACAGCCUUAUUAUUCAAAGAAGGCGGAACACACUCUCCUGAAUGGUUGCUCGCCGAAAGCAGCGCCUCGCUGAUUGGCCGCGCGCCUGCCGCCGCUUGCUAUUUCCUAGUCCGGCUUACUUUCGUUUUACACAGAGUCGGGGAGCAUUGGAGGGGGUAGUUAGCGCGCGCUCCGGGGCAUCUGCAGACCAGCCAGGUAAGCAGAAGAGGCGAGGUGCUGCUUGCAUCCGUGCUUGCGUAGUUUUGGGCUCUCCAAGAAUGCAAGGGAGAUAGAUGCAUGCAAAAAGGGGCAGCCGUCUGCUUGGGCCUUACGGAUUACCAGGGUCUUCGCGCAAGCGUCUCUCCAACGCAAGGAUAUAAAAUAAGGCUGCGUCCCCUCGAUUUAUGCGAGAGUAAGGUUGCAUCCAUGCUAGGCUUUGCUUCCCUAAAUAUCUAUAUCUAUAUAUCGGGGAACUGUAGCUUACUCCGCACAGAACUGCAAUUCGCAGCACGCUUAAACUGAUGGUGCCAGGAUUCUUUUUUGGGGGGGGGGAGUGUGUAUGUGUGUAAAAUAUGCAUCAAGUGUGCUUUACAUUUAUGGUGCGAAUGGUUUCGAAGUUUUUUCUAUCCUCCCCCCUCUUGUGCCAAUGCACCAGUUACUCAGGAAAAACCUUUUGUUUUUUGCCAUUCAGAUUUUUAGUUUUUUCAUCAUGCCAAGUUCUGUUCGGAAGCAGCUGGACGCGACUUCCAAGUAUACGUGGGAGAUGGGGCUGGACAGUUUUAUUCUUGGAAUGUGUCGCAAACCCUUGAGUGUUGCAAGCUUCGCUGGCAAUUGCGCUUAUUUUCCGGAGCCAGAAUGCGUAGCCGGGGGCGGGCAGCUCCCCCCCCCAUCAAGUAAAUAAAUAAAAAUAUCACAAUCUUACUCCCUGACAGGUACUUUUCCCUAGAAAACAUCAGUGCCUGAUUUUGUAUAAUAUUUUUUAUUAAUUUUCAAUCACAUUGAUCCAAAAGAGCCACAUUAUCACAGUAUCAAAUUACAAUACAUUUUUUUAAAAAAAUAAUCUAAUACCAAAUUAAACCAUUAAGGGUGACUUCCCGUGUGUUGGAUUUCAGGGUUCAAAAUCUUAUUUCUUUCUGCUUCCAUAAUCUUGGUUAUUCUAAUGACAGCAGUUCUGAUUUCGAUCCUUUAUUUAGCAGUGCCUGCUUUUGUUACUUAUGUAUGUGGCAUAUUAUUUUAUCCUUCCCUGAAAUGUGUGAGCCGUUGUCUACAGAACAUCGAAAUUUAGAAUACUAACUGACUAUCUCUCUUGCUCAGCCUUGCACCACUACUUGGACCAUAGAACGGUCAUUCUGUACCUUGUAGAGCAUAAAGACCUGGGAUGACAUGGGAGUCUCAAUGGGCUAUGCUUACUGAGCAUGCACAGAAAAACUACAUUGGAAAAAAGGAAGUAUGAAACGGUUUUCAGCAAAUUCAAGAAAACUUGUUUUAGUUUAGGGUUGUUGUUUUUUAAAAGGCGUCUUCUUUGUAAUUUUGCAAAUUAUACCCUUUAACUGCAUGAGAGGUACGCCCAGGUGUCUUUUUUUUAUUUACCUUCUAGUUGUCAAAUGACGUAAGAUUUUGACAGAUUUUUCUUGGGGUCAAAAGAAAACAAUUUAAAACAGCUGUUUUUGAGACGUUUCAUUCUGAAUCUGCUAGACAGAACCAGACAGAAGUCCUGCUCCCUGCCCAACAUAAAUCCUGGCUACGCCCAUGGUAGAAUUAAAGCAGAACAAGAGGGAAUUGGUUAUUAAGGUGCUAAAGAUUGAGUUAUUUCUCCCAACUUGUCUUGGUCCAGAUUGCGAUCUGUCUGGGGCCAAUUCAGAAAUGCACUGAGCAUCAUCCCAUUCAAAUUAAGCAUUAUUUUGUCAAUUUGAGUGGGGAAGGGUUAAAAGCAUGCCUGUUAAAUCUUGCCCAUUGAACCCAGUGGUGUGUGAUACUGCUUAACUUAGGGGUUAGAUUGCACCUCUUUUCUCCAGUUGCUGAAUUAAUGUAAGUCACAAGAGAGGGCAGAUUUUUGAACUUUUUGCAGGAUGUGUCCAGAUCAAACAGUUUGGCAAUUGUCCUGUACAUUAUACAUUAUUUGUACCUACAUACAGUAUCCACCUAACCUUAUAACAGAAGAAUGCUGUAAAAGUAAGCCCUGUUGCAUUCAGUGUGGCUUACUCCCAGGUAAGUGGGUAUAGGAUUGCAGCCUAAGUCCUGCUCAUCCCCAUUUUCCACCCUUACAAUUCCUCCACUAGCCUCUUUACUCCCUGUUGCAAAGGCAGAAAAAUUGUGCUGUUCAUAUAGCUUAAUAAUAAUUCAUACCCUGCCCAUCUGGCUGGGUUUCCCCAGCCACUCUGGGCGGCUUACAGCACAUAUAGAAACAUAGUAAGACAUUGAAUAUUAAGUAUUAUAAAAUCCAGUGUUGCUUGGCACAGAAUUCAAGUUUGCUUUUUAGUACAGCUGGGCCUAAGCCAUUUUCUGAUGGAGCAGCCUUGUGAACACACAAGUUACUGGCUUGCAGGUCUCUCUGCCUUUUGCUAGCUUCCUAAACUUUGGGUAGCCUGCAGUUCCAUUCUGAUCUCAGAGAAGAGGAAGCUAAAAUCUCCACUGAGGUGUGUGAUAGAGAACGUUACGGUAAGUAUUCUUAAAAACUGUUCUCCUUUUGAUUCUGCAGGAUGAGUCAGUGGUAUAACCUGCAGCAGUUGGAUUCAAAAUUCCUGGAGCAAGUACACCAGCUCUACGAUGACAGUUUCCCCAUGGAGAUACGACAGUAUCUAGCGCAGUGGCUGGAAGCCCAAGACUGGUGAGAGGCCAACUUGUGUUUGAGAUGUCAAAUGAUAAGAUUGUGUUCCAAACUGUGCAUGGCCUAAUUUGCUCCUGUCAAAAACGAUUGGGCUUUGAAAAGUGCCGAAGAUAAUGUUUGCAUAGGAACUAAGUUUUGGUAAAGCGAGUAAACAACAUGUUGUAUUGUAAGCCCUUGUUUGGCAACCAGUUUAAUGUUGAGAUGUAAGCAAGUUGAGCCAAUGACAUCCUAAGUCUUGUCGACAAAGAAACGUAUACUAUUGAGGAUGUUACUUGCAUGACAUCGUGGUACCUGGCAGUGUUUGAAAUUAACAGGCGCAUUUUGCAUCUGGUCCUCGACCACUGUGACCAAGUGAAGAUGCCUGACAUCUCCACCAUCCAGGGAUCAUUGGAUCUGGACUGUUUUUACACACUAAUACCCCACCCUAGGGGACGCCAGUGGAGCUGUGGGUUAAACCACUGAGCCUUGGGCUUGCUGAUCAGAAGGUCGGCGGUUCGAAUCCCCGUGACGGGGUGAGCUCCCGCUGCUCAGUCUCUGCUCCUGCCAACCUAGCAGUUCGAAAGCACAAAGUGCAAGUAGAUAAAUAGGUACCGCUCCAGUGGGAAGGUAAAUGGCGUUUCUGUGCGCUGCUCUGGUUCGCCAGAAGCGGCUUGGUCAUGCUAGCCACAUGACCCGGAAGCUGUACGCCGGCUCCCUCGGCCAAUAAAGUGAGAUGAGCGCCACAACCCCAGAGUCAGUCACGACUGGACCUAAUGGUCAGGGGUCGGUCCCUUUACCUUUACCCCACCCUAGAGAAUUCUAUCAGUUACAUUUUAUCUGCUCAAUCGGGAUGAAUUUCUGGAACCAAAUUGCUUUUUCUGUACAGCCUGAGCAGGAGCAGAUACCGUUAAGAGGUCAGAAUAGGCCAAUACAGUGGUACCUCGGGGUAAGAACUUAAUUCGUUCUGGAGGUCGAUUCUUAACCUGAAACUGUUCUUAACCUGAGGUACCACUUUAGCUAAUGGGGCCUCUCGCCACUGGCGUGCGAUUUGUGUUCUCAUCCUGAAGCAAAGUUCUUAACCCGAGGUACUAUUUCUGGGUUAGCAGAGUCUGUAACUUGAAGCGUCUGUAACCCGAGCUACCACUGUACAGUGGUACCUUGGUCCUCAAACUUAAUCCGCUCCGGAAUUCCGUUCCAAAAUCAAAGGCACACAUUCCCAUAAUGCAAAAAUGGAUUAAUCCAUUCCAGACUUUUUAAAAUAAAAAACCUAAAAAAGCAAUUUAACCUGAAUUUUACUAUCUAACGAGACCAUUGAUCUAUAACAGGGGUCAGCAACAUUUUUCAGCCGUGGGCCGGUUCACCGUCCCUCAGAACAUGUGGUAGGCUGGACUAUAUUUUGAAAAAAGAAAAGAAAAAAAGAGUGAAUUCCUAUGCCCUACAAAUAACCCAGACAUGCAUUUUAAAUAAAAAUACACAUUCUACUCAUAUAAAAAUGCACUGAUUCCUGGACCGUCUGCAGGCCAGAUUUAGAAGGUGAUUGGGCCGCAUCCAGCCCAUGGGCCUUAGGUUGCCUACCCCUGAUCUAUAAAAUGAAAGCAACAAGCAACAUCCUGCAGUCACACAAUCAAUCAUUCAUUAGCUGAACUGGGUUCCACACAGAUCCAAAAAAACCAGAAACGCAAAAUAAAUAGCAGAAACAGGCAGACUUCAGCGUAACACUCAAAAUGGAAGUGUGGCACUCAAAUCGGAAGCGUAACACUCAAAUUGGAGCAUGUUCGGCUUCCAAAAAAAGUUUGCAAGCGGGAACACUUACUUCCGGGGUUGCAGUGUUCGGGUUCCAAGGCGUUUGAGAGCCAAGGUACCACUGUAUAUAUGUGAACUGUCCCUGGAUCAAGUGACUUUUCUUCUUCAAGUUCUCCAACUUCUUAUCCUAGCUCAAGGUUGUCAUCUGAACAAGCCAGAUGUUCAACCGAGAAUCGAUCACAGCCAGUCCAUCAUUUGCAAAGCAAGACUUCAGAGCCGUCUUGCCCCAAAAUGGCAACUAGACAUUCUGUUUUGGCGACUUCAACCUUGAUUUAGCUUAUAUAACCUUGGUGUAGCUUAUACAUAUAUAGUGUCUAAUCCUGGUACCUGGUGCUGCUCCAACUGGAAACAUAAUGGUUUCCGCUUUAUUUGUACCUAUUUGAUUCUAGUUGCAGUGUGGUAUUGUUAUUUGGGAUGGCUGCUGCAAAUCAUAAACCAAAACAGGAUGCUGGAAGAGCAGAGGGGAAGGCCCCAGAGCCUUGCAAGAAGGUUUGUGGAAGGGUAAAGAAGCUGAAAGUGAACAUCUUCCAUUGCUUCAUCUCCCAGGGACCAUGCUGCUAGCGAUGUUGCGCAGGCGACUCUGCUGUUCCAUAACCUCCUGUCUCAGCUGGACGACCAGUACAGCCGCUUCACGCAGGAAAACAACUUUUUACUUCAGCACAACAUUAGGAAGAGCAAACGUAACCUACAGGUAAUGUCCCUGUGAAUGAGAAGUAUCUCUGUAAAAAAAAGUAUGUAAAAUUCUUCACAUACGCUCUUCAUUCAUGCGAGGAUCUCGCCAUAAUCCUUCCAUUCAGAAGGGCCUUGAUAGUAUCCCCAAAUAAAUGCUGGAUGUUUUUCCUGGUCAUGUACCAGUGAAACAAAUGAGAACAGUCUAAGAACACUACUAAACCAAUUUAUUUAUCCAGUCAAUCCAUCUUCAUAGGGUACUCUUGAAAUUGUACCUCUGGGACUGGAAUAAUAAUAAUAAUAAUAAUAAUUUUAUUAUUUAUACCCUGUCCAUCUGGCUGGGUUUACCCAGACACUCUGGGCAGCUUAUAGCACAUAGAGAAACCUCAAACAUUAAAAACAUCUCAAUACAGGAGAGGAGUUGGUCUCCUAACAACUCUCAGCAUCUGUAACAAACUUUAGCUCCCAAAAAGGGACGCAGGUGGCGCUGUGGGUUAAACCACAGACCCUAGGACUUGCCGAUCAGAAGGUCGGCGGUUCGAAUCCCCACGACGGGGUGAGCUCCCGUUGCUCAGUCCCUGCUCCUGCCAACCUAGCAGUUCAAAAGCACGUCAAAGUGCAAGUAGAUAAAUAGGUACCGCUCCGGCAGGAAGGUAAACGGCGUUUCCGUGUGCCACUCUGGUUCACAUGCUGGCCACAUGACCCGGAAGCUGUACGCCGGCUCCCUCAGCCAAUAAAGCGAGAUGAGCGCCACAACCCCAGAGUCGGUCAUGACUGGACCUAAUGGUCAGGCGUCCCUUUACCUUUACCUAUAGCUCCCAAAACUCCCUUGGGGAAGUCGUGACUGUUUAAAGUGGUAUUGUAGUGCUUCAAAUGAAUGAAUGCAAUUACUUCACAGCCAAUAGCUUUGUGUAUGACAGUCCUGAAAAUUUUAGCAUGUCUUCAAAUCAAGGGUAAUGUUGGCAGAUUCCCCACCCACCCACCCGCCUUAAUGUUUGUUCAACACUUACUGGUUCACAAUCUUGGAUCUUGUGUGUUGAACUGGCUCCCCAAAUUUGGGGUGCUAGAUAGCAGCUGCAGUAGUGAAGUUUAUGCAUAUUGACACUACCUGCAAUAAGGUGGCUCUCUGAAGGAUGUGGCAUACUUGUGAUCUGUCUUCAGAAAUUCAAAAUGCUGAGAUGAGCAUAAAUAAGUGCAGAUUUUUCCCGGGAUUCUGGUUUGCCCAGGUGCAUGUGUGAAUAGGCUCUACAUCUUCUUCUUGGCAGCUCACCUGUUGUGAGGUUGAGCACUCAGCAUCUUCUUUUAUUUGAGUUUGAUGGGACGUCGAAACCUGAGGAUGCCCUGCUCAAUGUUGUUUAGUUCCUCCUGUUGUUAUUUUAUAGGCAAAUGUAACAAAAAGAGAGAGAAGCUGGGCUAGCUCACAUUAACCUGUUCUUUAUGGUGUAUUCUAGAACACUUUUGAGGAAGACCCCAUGUUUAUGGCCAUGAUGAUCUCCAAGUGUCUGCACGAAGAAGAGAAAAUCCUCAGGUUGGCUCAGGAAGUAGAUCAGGUAACUGUUUUCUCCCUUGCUUUUUUAUCUCUGGGCAAACAGCAUCAUGUCAUUGAGGGAUGCCCUCUAGCGAUCCACAGCGACAUUCACACAGCACGCCAUGUGGAGUGCUGUCCCAAAAUUAUAUGCUGAAGCUCAGGCUGGUCUUCCAAGAAGAUCUACUUCACUGUCAUGUCUGCUCAGAGCCUGCGAUUGUCUUUGGGGGUUUCUGUUGUUGCUUGACCUGGGUGUCAUCAAAGUUAAAACAAGUGAAUGGGAGAGCCUUCUUAGGGCUGGCACCUCAGCUGUGGAACAAUCUUUUCUUUUGAAUUACUGUUGGGGUUUUUUAAUAGUUCAUUUGUUAAACAGUGUUGUUAUACAUUCACAUCAUUUUCAGUUUUUACACUCCAGGGAUUACUUAGGUCCCUCGGACUCCCCCCCCCCCCCGCGUUUUCCAAUUCCCCUCUAUACUUUUUGUAUCUAAUUACAUUUGUCUAAUCCAUUUUAUCUCCUUUUCUACCUUAACUAAUAUUACAUUAUAAGUGUUACAACAAUCCUUCUAACGUUUUUAAGUAUACACAGUGGCCUUUAAGAUAUUCUAUAAACUUUCCCCACUCUUGACUGAAUUUCUUGUCAUCUUGGUGCCUGAUCCUCACGGUCAUCUUACCAUUUCAGCAUAGUCCGGCCAUUUUGGUUAUUCACUCUUCUUUAGUUGAGACUUUCUCUUCCUUCCACUUCUGUGCAAGUAGCAUUCUUGCGGCUGUUGUCGCCUACAUAGUAUUUUUUUUAUUCUUUUGUUAUUUCGUCUCCUGUUAACCCUAGUAUAAAAUGGCUUCUGCUUUUUUUUGAUAAAAGUUCUCUUAAACAUUUUUUUUCAAUUCAUUGUAUCUCAUUUCCCAGAAGUCUUUUACUAUUUUACAUGUCCUCCACAUGUGGUAAAAAGUACCUUCUUUAUCUUUACACUUCCAACAUAAAUGGAGGUUUUUAAUACAUUUUUGCUAGUUUUACUGGAGUCAAAUACCAACAGUACAGUGGUGCCUCACAAGACGAAAAGAAUCCGUUCCGCGAGUCUCUUCGUCUUGCGGGUUUUUUCGUCUUGCGAAGCAAGCCCAUUAGAGGUUUAGCGGCUUAGCGCUACAGUAUUAGCGGCUUAGCCGGCUUAAAGAUCAGCUGAUAAGCGGCUUAGCAUCAGCUGUUAAGCGGCUUAAAGCUCAGCUGAUAAGUGGCUUAGCAUCAGCUGUUAAGCGGCUUAAAGAUCAGCUGAUAAGCGGCUUAGCCAUCAGCUGUUAAGCGGCUUAAAGAUCAGCUGAUAAGCGGCUUAGCAUCAGCUGUUAAGCGGCUUAAAGAUCAGCUGAUAAGCGGCUUAGCAUCAGCUGUUAAGCGGCUUAAAGAUCAGCUGAUAAGCGGCUUAGCCAUCAGCUGAUAAGUGGUUUAGCAGCUUGGGAAAAAGGGGGGGGAAAGGAAAAAACCCCCGCAGGAACUCGCAAGACAUUUUCGUCUUGCGAAGCAAGCACAUAGGAAAUUCGUUUUGCGAAGCACCUCCAAAACGUCUAGCGGUUCUAGCGGGUUUUCCGUCUUGCGAGGCAUUCGUCUUGCGGGGCACCACUGUACAUCAUUUUCAUGUAGCUUUCUUUCAGUGUACAACAAGCCGUAAAUUUUAAGUGGAACAACCUCACUGCAGCCAAGAGAGUCUCACCCAGUGCCUGCUUUAGGACCUAAGAUUAUUAUUUUUUUAAAGGCCUAUCUGUUUAAAUUUCUUUCUAUCUAAAAUCUGUUUUAACUUAUUUAUUGGUUAUGUUUUCUUACCUGCAGUUUAAUGUUAUUGUGUAUAAGCUUUGUAAUUGGGCAGCACAUGCAAUUUUUGGACAAAACUGGCGGACUGUGUUUCCAAAUAUAUUUGCUUUCAUGUUGGACCGUAAGUCACUGUUAAGCUAGAUGAUACUGGAAAAUGCAACAUUACGUUUUACAUAUCUGGUUUUAUUUAUUUUGCUUAAGCUGCGCCCAGUGGUAGGAUUGCAGGAAACUGGGAUUGAAGGAAAGAAGAGUGGGAUUGGUGAUCCUAACAGAACUGUGAUCGUAACAGAAAUGGGUUCCUUUCUCUAAAGCUGCUAUCUACUCUGAAAGCAAAGCUACUAUUGAUGCUAACAAAGGAAAUAGACAUUUGUUUUUUGUGGGUGAGGGAAUAACCCCCCACUUUUAGCAUUAUGGUUCCAAUCCUGAUCAGGCACCAUGGCUGCAUUAAAAAACAUCAACAAACAAAUGCAGUUUCCCACGACAUCCAAUUCAGCCCCAAUUCCCUUUGAAACCAACGGUACCAAACGCCCCAGGCGUUCCCUGGAAUGCUGGAAUUCACAAAACAUUGGAACGAGCAUUGCAGCGUUCGUAGGACUUUCAUAUUUGUAGCCUGCAUCUCCUUUCCCUGGAGUCUAAAAUCCCGUCAUGACUCCCAUAUACCUGGGAGUAAGAGAUCAAGCGACAGAAUAAUCUGGCCACAUUAAGGAAGUUUUGUCCAUGGUAUGAUUAUUUUCCACCUCGUCAUUCUGACACUUUGGCACCCUGUUUGCAAAAUUUAACAAUUCCAAAAUACAGACGCGCUUUCACUUUUGCAGGAUUGAAUAUACAGUACUGCCUUCAGCUGGUACUUGAGGGUCGAUUUCAAGAAAUCCCACUGGAAGACCAGUUAUGUCCCUGUGGAGAUGGCAGUAUUGAGUCAGUGGCUCAUGUGCUUCUGGCUUGCACUCUUUAUAAAGAUGUGAGGAGUGAGGUUAUUAUUACCCUUCUAUUAUUCUCCACGCUGGGUUGCUCAAGCAUUGCUACUGUGUCCUUUCUGUUAGCAGAUCAAGAUGAUCAGGUGACAGCAAAAACUGCAAGGUUUUUAGCGGGGGCAAUUAGAAUAAGAUCUAUUACAGUAGUACCUCUGGUUACGAACUUAAUUUGUUCUGGAGGUCCGUUCUUAACCUGAAACCAUUCUUAACCUGAGGUACCACUUUAACUAAUGGGGCCUGCCACCACGCCGCCAGCGCACAAUUUCUGUUCUCAUCCUGAGGUAAAGUUCAUAACCUGAGGUAAUACUUCCGGGUUAGCGGAACCCGAGGUGUUUGUAACCCAAGGUACCACUGUAUUUGAUUAUUGAUGUAAACUCCCAAAAUGUGUUUUCUAUAGUUAAGUUUUUACCUCUAUUUUCAGUACAUUUUAUUUUAUUUUAUUGCUAUGGCUAGUGGCUGAUGCAAAUAAAGACUCUUCUGUUCUGGGAGUAAGACCCACUGGGUUCAGUGAGAUUUACGUUUGACAACACAUGGGUGGGACUGCACUAUUCGGUGUUGAUUUGAAAGAUUUCUCCAAGUGAGCAGGUGCUCAGUUUGCCCGUCUCUUGUAGAGAAUAAUUUGUUUUGAGGGUUUAGUUUCUUGUACGUAGCCAUGUGGGUGGACAAACUGCAGACCUUCAGAUGCUGUCAGUCUCCCAUCAGUCCCAGCCAGCAUGGGCAUUGGCCAGGGGUGAUGGGCAUUGUAGUCCUUCGUCCCUCCUGCAUGUCACCAUGCAUUCUCGUUUCCAUUCCAGAUGCAGCUGGGGACUGUGCAGAACACAGUAGUGCUGGGCAGAGUGAAGGAACUGGAUGCGAAAGUCAGAAGCGUGAAGGAUAGUGUCACUGUAAGUAUUGAAAGUCCAGGAGUUCUUAAGCUGAAACUUGUUGACGAAAAGCACUUGAAGGCAUGCUGAGAGGUGCGCGAGCAAAAUACGGGACUUGUCUUUCCUCGCCGCAUUUGGACAGGGGUUUGUUCAUCUUUGGAGUCGCACAGCACUACCUCAUCAGUGCUGCUGUCAGAGUUUUGUGAUCUGCUUUCUUGCAAGUUUACUUCGCUUGCAAUCUUGGUAUCUCGUGGGAAGAAACGCGACCACAAGUUUUCAACCAAAGAGAGGUUGGGCUAUUGCCCUUUCCAGACAGUGUUUUUAGAAACCCACAUUAUGUUUGUAAGUUGUUUUAAUAUUUAUUUUUAAUGCUGCAACCCACCCUGAGAUCUUGGGGUGAAGGAUGGGCAAUAAUUAAAUAAAUAAACCUGUUAAGCCCUACAUUGUUUUCAGUUUCAUUGAAAUUGCCUAAACUAGCCUUUCCCAGUGCUGGUCCACAAGAUAUUGCCAGACUACGACCUUUGGCCCUAGCCAGCUGGAUCCCAAUGCUAGUUGUCAUACCAAAUCCAUAACCAAGCUUAGGGAAGGUUAUUUAAGCCAUGGUUAUGGUUGGGAAACCAUGGUUUAGAAUGAGUGCAGAAACUCUUUGCAUCGUCAUGGUUAAGUGUGGUCCCAGGGAUGGUCUGGGAGCAUCCGAGUUGCUGAAGCCCCGUGCCAGAUUGGGACCAAUGGAAAAAAGUUGUGUUAAGCAUUGCAUCUGCAGUGGAAGCCAGUUUUGCGGGCUUUCUUAACCCAGCACCACCAAUGGGUCUUUCUAGUGUCUCAGCGCACAUUCCACAAUCCCUGUACUUUUGGAAUCUGAACCAGCGUUAAAGUUAACCAGAGUUAAGUGUGAAUGUCUUUACUGAGUCACUGACUAUCCUAGAUGUCUAAAUUGGUUUACUUGGACAAGUCAUGACUAAACGGUCUCUCCCUUCGGUCCUCAAAACCUCACUAUAAGAAGGAGCCAGUAUGGUAUAGUGGUUCAGGUGUUGGACUAGGAAUGCGGAGGCUUGGGUUCAAAUCUCUGCUCAGACACAUCUCACUGGGCCAGUCAGUCUCUGUCUCUCUUAGCCUAACCUUACCCCCUCACAGAGUUGUUGCAGAGAUAAAAGGGGGUGGGAGGGAUAACCUGAGCUCCCAGUAGGAAAGGUGGGUGGGGCAACUUAAUAAUUCUUUGCCAUUUCCCAGUGCGUAAGCUUGUCAUUGCUUUUCCAGGGAAUCGAACAGAUCAUCAAAAAUCUGGAGGAUGCGCAAGACGAAUAUGACUUCAAAUACAAAACCUUGCAGGUUAGAGGUGAGCAGUUCAGCUUCGCAGGGGUUCAAAUACAUAACCGUUCUAGUAAAAUGCUUGUGAUGCUUUGUCGGGACUUGCGAUUUGAGGGUGAGGCCGGCUUUUCAUGUGAAGCUUAUUAUAGAAAAGAUAAAGGGACGCGAGUGGCACUGUGGUCUAAACCACUGAGCCUUGGGCUUGCAGAUUGGAAGGUCGGCGGUUCGAAUCCCCACGAUGGGGUGAGCUCCCGUUGUUCUGUCCCAGCUCCUGCCGACUUAGCAGUUCAAAAGCACGCCAGUGCAAGUAGCUAAAUAGGUACCAUUGCGACGGGAAGGUAAAUGGCGUUUCUGUGCACUUUGGUUUCCGUCACGGUGUUCCGUUGCGCCAGAAGAUGGCCGCAUGACCAACCUGUCUGUGGACAAACGCCGGCUCUGUCGGCCUGAAAGCGAGAUGAGCGCCGCAACCCCAUAGUUGCCUUUGACUGGACUUAACCAUCCAGUAGUCCUUUUCUCUCAGUCUUAUUUCCUUAAAGAUUUAAAAAAAACAAAAAAAAACCCUUGGCACCAUACAUUUUCUCUCUGGAGCCAGGCAAUUGUUUCCUCAGGAACAGAAUGCAGGACUUAACAUUAUGAAGACGGCCUGAGGCCUUAACAGAAAGGGAAGAUUGUCAGAUGGGAGAGGAGCUCUUAACCCUUUCUGUAUGUGCUCUUUUUCCUUUAUAAAAAUGCUGGCCUCCGCCAUUUAAUAUUUUUUUAUCCCAACGGAUCUCUGAAACUGGACAUAAACUGGGGGGGGGGGGCUGAGGGGGGUGUGUGUUAGAGAGAGAGAGAGAGAGAGAGAGAACACAUCAUACUUGGUUAAGUGCCUCUAGCAAAUUACCUCAGCAAAUGAAGCUUUGGGGAGGGCCUGCGCAAAACAUCUGGCUGCCUGAAGCGUCUCCUCCAUGUGUCCCAGGAUGUGGCUGGCUAAGUUUGCUUCGGCAGCUGAGACAGAAAAUCCCACAAGCUCAUCUGCCAGGGAAUAAUACAGAAAUGAAUUAAAAAACUUAACUUUGUUUCCCUCUCAUUACACUCUAAAUCAGCUGCCUAUGAACAGCUUGUGAGUUUGGGAACAUUGGUUUCUUGAGAUAAGAAUUUACCAUAUUUUUCACCCAAUAGGACGCACUUUUUCCCCUAGAAAAAUGAAGGGGAAAUGUGUAUGCGUCCCAUGGGGCGAAUGCAGGCUCCUUGGCUUCAGCGAUAGCAACGCGAAGCCUGCGCUCCGGAGGCUUUGCGUUGCUUCCUCUGAAGCCAGGAGAGUCUGCUCUUGGAGGGUGGCGGUGGGGGAAAGCAGCGCUUCCCCCAUCGCCAGCCCCAGAGGAUUGGGGGACACAAUCUGGGUUGAAAAGCCCCCAGGAGCCGCACGCUCUUUAAAGGGUGCGCGGCUUCUGCGGGCUUUUCUACGAGGUGGGGGAAUUCCCCCACCUCGUAGAAAAGCCUGCAGGAUGCCGCGGACCCUUUAAAGAGCGCACCGCUCUUGGGGGCUUUUCCCCGAGGAGGGAGAAGGGACUGACUGGCCAUUUCAGUCCCUACUCCCUCCUGGUCGUAAAGCCCGCAGGAGUCGCGCGCGGCUCCUGUGGGCUUUUGCGGGAGGUGGGGGAAUUCCGCCACCUCCCGCAAAAGCAGGGAGAAGGUCUUGGAGUAGCGCACAGACUGCGUGCAGCCUGUCCGCUGCUCCCAGAGCUGCGGGGGGGAUCAUAUUUUUUCCCUUGAUUCCCCCGCCCCCCGAAAACUAGGUGCGCCCUAUAGGGCGAAAAAUACGGUAAGUCCAACCUGAACGGUUUAUUCUUCUGUUGAAUGACACAAUAUAUAUGUGGGCUUUGAGGAUGGAAUUAAUACCAGUUUCCCUAAGAAUCGUUAACAAGGAAGUCGGUCUUAAAACCUUUGUCUAUACAGUGGUACCUCGGGUUACAUACGCUUCAGGUUACAUAUGCUUCAGGUUACAGUCUCCGCUAACCCAGAAAUAGUGCUUCAGGUUAAGAACUUUGCUUCAGGAUGAGAACAGAAAUCGUGCUCUGGCGGCGCUGCGGCAGCAGGAGGCCCCAUUAGCUAAAGUGGUGCUUCAGGUUAAGAACAGUUUCAGGUUAAGUACGGACCUCCGGAACGAAUUAAGUACUUAACCUGAGGAACCACUGUAAUGCGCAGGAAUAGGUUCCUGGUUUUCAGAGCACUUCUGCUUUUGAAGGCGACAAUAAAAUCAGAACUCCCCUCUCCUAAAUACAUUCCAGCUGCUGAGCUAUGUGGUUUUACUUUUCUUUUUAAAAGUUCCACAAACUUAAGAGUGUUCUUUAAAUGUAAUGCUAUAACACAGGAAUUCUUCUUUGGUCUGUUUUUGCAGAAAAUGAGCCCUGUGGUAUGACCCAGGAAGACUUCCUAAAGGAAAAAAUGCAGCUCCACACAAUGUAUCUGCAGGUGGACCUCAUGAGACAGGUGAUUCUUUGGUGAACUUGUGGAGAGGCAUUGUAUACUUGUCUAAAUUGCUGGUAUGUGGGUUAAACCACAGAGCCUAGGGCUUGCCGAUCAGAAGGUUGGCGGUUUGAAUCCCCGUAAUGGCGUGAGCUCCUGUUGCUCGGUCCCUGCUCCUGCCAACCUAGAAGUUCGAAAGCACGUCAAAGUGCAAGUAGAUAAAUAGGUACCGCUCCGGUGGGAAGGUAAACGGCGUUUCUGUGCGCUGCUCUGGUUCGCCAGAAGCGGCUUAGUCAUGCCGGCCACAUGACCCGGAAACUGUACGCCGGCUCCCUCGGCCAAUAAAGCAAGAUGAGCGCCACAACCCCAGAGUCGUCCGCGACUGGACCUAAUGGUCAGGGGUCCCUUUACCUUUACCUUUACUUCCCUCCCCCCUCCCUUGUCUUAGCACAGGUGGGGAACAGGCAGGCAGGCGUUUUCCUUAAGAAACAUCUUGACCACUUGUGCUUCACCUCUCCUUGCAAAGUACAGGGAAACUUUGGUUUUUAUUCAAGGCCAGGGGUAGCCAACACACAGGACCUUCCAGAUGUUGAACAUCAGCCCAAGCUAGCAUAGCCCAAUGGUCAGGAAAUGAAAAGUCCAUUACAUUGGCUGCUCCAGGCCAUGCUUUCAGCGGAGGGAGAAACUCGAGAAGCUUUCAGUGGUACCUUGGUUCCCAAACUUAAUCCGUUCCGGAAGUCCAUUCCAAAACCAAAGCGUUCCAAAACCAAGGCACGCUUUCCCAUAGAAACUAAUGCAAAACAGAUUAAUCUGUUCCAGACUUUUAAAAACAACCCCUAAACAGCAAUUUACCAUGAAUUUUACUAUCUAACGAGACCAUUGAUCCAUAAAACAAAAGCGAUAAUGUACUGUACUAUAAAAUAAAUAAGACAGUAUUGUAGAUGAUAAAAAUUAAUGAUGAUAGUCAUUGUUUGGAUGGGGGACUUUUAUCCAUUUCCGUAGUCACACAAUUGAUCAGUAGCUGAACAGUCACAAAAACAAAUUAGCCGAAAAAGCCUCUAAAACAAACGCGCAAAAUAAAUAGCAAAAACAAAAGUGCCAAACUUAAUCCAUUCAGAAAGUCCGUUCGACUUCCGAAAUGUUUGAAAACCAAGGCGCAGCUUCUGAUUGGUGCAGGCGCCCUGGAAACAAUAGCCGACAGCUACAUCGGAUAUUCGGCUUCUGAAAAACAUUCAAAAACCGGAACACUUACUUCCAGGUUUUUGGCGUCUGGGAACCAAAGUACCACUGUAGUUGGUUCCCUACACAAACUGAGCAUGUGUCCUAUUGCACUUCCCAAAGCCUAUUGCAAACGUUUCUGGAUGUGGAGGCAUGUUUGGAAAUGUGAGCAGCUUUCAUGGUCAUUGCAAAGUACCCAUUUUACAGAAAGAAAAACUGGCGAGCCUUGGAAGCGCGCCCCAAAGGCAAAAAACCAGAGACCUCAAAGGAGAACCUCUCUAUCCCCAAACAUACAACCCCUCUCAACCAAUCAAGAUAUGAGGAUGAAGGGGCCGGUUUACAUAUUUAAUAAAUAAUAAAUGCUAUUGAUGUGAGAUGGUUUUUAGAAUUCUAAAUGCUCUUACUUAUUCCUGAAUGGCUCUCUUUUGCUAGGAUGUGCUACAGAGAAUAUCCAGUGCGCUGCAUGUGUCGGAACACACCCAGAACGCCUUGAUUCGAGAGGAGCUGGUGGAAUGGAAGCAGCGGCAGCAAAUGGCUUGCAUUGGAGGGCCGCCCAACGCUUGCUUGGACCAGCUUCAGAACUGGUAGGCCUCUCCUAAGCAAGGCCUUUUGGGGAGGGGUCUGGAAAGAACCGAGCCCUGCAAAACUUGCUUGAGAAUUGUAUGUAGAGGCUCCUUUUCCAAAGCUGCUUGGGGAAGCGGGGAGUGUAAAUGGGAGCCUUCGCACAGCCUUGAAGCACCCUUAUUGAACCUAAGCAGGUCUGAGUCUGCUCAGUGCCUGGAUAGGAGGCCACUUUUAUUUUAUUUUAUUUUAUUUUGAAUUUAUAUACCGCCCUAUACCCAGAGGUCUGUUGGGAUUCGCAGGAUACUGAGUAAGUCUGCAGGCUUCAACAGGCUGAUGCGGCUCACAGAAAAGAUCACAAUAUAUAAAAUCCAAAUAAGAACAAUAAGCCAAUAACACAGCCAAGCCCCCCAAAAAGAGCCACAUUUUAAAAGGGUAUAGGAUGUCACAUCAGGUCAACCAGAGGCCUGGUUAAAAAGGAACACUUUUGCCUGGUGCCUAAAGGUGUACAGUCGUACCUUGUUUUGUGACUGGGAUCCGUUCUGGAGCCCUGGAUGCUAGACGAAAAGGACGCAGAACAAAGCGCCGCUUUGCGCAUGUGCAAGCAGCAAACCCAGAAGUAACCCGUUCUGGUACUUCCGGGUUUGCCGCGGACGUUCGACGAAAUGGAUGCUCGACGAGGCGGACUCAAAACGAGGUACAGCUGUAUAAUGAAGGGGCUGCUGAACUUCCCUGGGGAGAGCAUUCCAGAGACAGGGAGCUACCACAGAGAAGGCCCCGUUCUCGUGUUGCCACUCUCUGGACCUCUUAAGGAGGAGGCACACAAAGGAAGGCUUCAGAAGAUGAUCUCAGGGUCCGGGUAGGUUUAUAUGGAAAGAGGCGGUCCUGGAGGUAUAGUGGUCCUGAGUUCCACAUUGGAACUGCACAGUGGAAAGAAAGCAGGUUAAUACAGGUGACUUGGAGCGGCCGCCAAGACCAUAAAACACUGGUCUUGAAAGACCUACACUGGCUCCCAGUACGUUUCCGAGCACAAUUCAAAGUGUUGGUGCUGACCUUUAAAGCCCUAAACAGCCUCGGUCCAGUAUACCUGAAGGAGCGUCCCCACCUCCAUUGUUCAGCCUGGACACUGAGGUCCAGCACAGAGGGCCUUCUCGGUAGUGGCUCCCGCCCUGUGGAACGCCUUCCCACCAGAUGUCAAAGAGAAAAAUAACUACCAAACUUUUAGAAGACAUCUAAAGGCAGCCCUGUUUAGGGAAGCUUUUAAUGUUUAAUAGGUUAUUGUAUUUUAGUGUUUUGUUGGAAGCCGCCCAGAGUGGCUGGGGGGACCCAGUCAGAUGGGCGGGGUAUAAAUAAUAAAUUAUUAUUAUUAUUAUUCAGUAAAUGUUUUCUGCAGAUUCUCCUCCUCUGUGCUUGGCAACAUCCACUGGUCCAAACACUGCAUUCUCUCUGCUCCACACCGUGGGAGGCAUUAACUAAGGAAGACAAGGGCAAUGUCUUCCCUUUUCUCUCAAGGCCAGUUUCCCCCCUCCUGCCUUCGCAGUGUUCAGAAGCAGGAUGUUUGUUGAGUCUGCCCUGUUGAGCACCCUGACAGGAAGACAAAACAGGUUCCUGAGCUGCCUCAGAGGUUGGCUUUUUUCCCCUCUGUCCAUUGGCUUUGCUGAGGGUGGCGCUGUGGGUUAAACCACAGAGCCUAGGACUUGCCGAUCAGAAGGUCGGCGGUUCGAAUCCCUGCGACGGGGUGAGCUCCCAUUGCUCGGUUCCUGCUCCUGCCAACCUAGCAGUUCGAAAGCACGUCAAAGUGCAAGUAGAUCCGGCGGGAAGGUAAACGGCAUUUCCGUGCACUGCUCUGGUUCGCCAGUAGCGGCUUAGUCAUGCUGGCCACAUGACCUGGAAGCUGUAUGCCAGCUCCCUUGGCCAAUAAAGCAAGAUGAGCGCCGCAACCCCAGAGUCGUCCGCGACUGGACCUAAUGAUCAGGGGUCCCUUUAGCUUUAUAUUGGCUUUGCAGGCCUUGGAGGAAUAAGUUUUUCUCUCCCUCCAUCCCACACCCCAAGUCUCUGAAGCUGCAAGUUGACGCAGGAGUGUUUUGAUCUCAGGUGCUGGGACAUGCUGUGCUCCUAAGCUUUGCGGAAUGAAAAGCUGUUAAGGUUGGGAUAUGCAAGCACUGCUUUUCCUUUUCUUUCCUAGACAAAAGAAAUUUGUUCCCCCCCUGGUCAAGUAGAGAGUGUUCAAACCUUAACUCUGCUGCGUUCCAGCUGCAUUGCUUAGCCCUGUUAAAAUAUAUAACACUUGUAAAUGGUAGGUUUACUACAGUAGCAGAGAGUCUUCAGCAAAUUCGCCAGCAGCUUAAAAAGCUGGAGGAGUUGGAGCAGAAGUUUACCUACGAGACAGACCCCAUCCCUCAGCAGAAAAAUGGGCUGUAUGAACGGACAUUAAGCCUCUUCAAGCAACUGAUUCAGAGGUAGGCUUGGGGGUUUUGUUUAGGGUUUUUUGAGUCCGUUAAAAAUGAACCAAAAUAUUAAAAUAGAUUAUAUUUUUAAUGUCGCUCUAUUGUGCCCUUUGCCAUAAUUCAUUCUCUUGUUGAGACAAAUUAGAAUGCCAUUUCUUUAUUCUUUGUCCAGUUCCUUCGUGGUAGAAAGACAGCCUUGCAUGCCGACCCACUCUCAGAGACCGUUGGUCGUGAAGACUGGAGUGCAAUUUACAGUAAAACUCAGGUAAUUCCCCCUCCCCUUAAAUGAUCCAGAUUACUGCCCCUUUAGGUUAAAAACAACCAACCAGCAACACGUUUCAAGGCGGCCAUUCCACAUCAGUUGUAAUGUUACAACUCCAAACCAGGGAGAAAAUGGUACCAUGUGUUGUCCAAACCACGGAGGAAAAUUGUGCCCAAACAAAAGGGCGGUAAUUGGAAAAAGUGUCACGUUUCUGUUUGUGGACCAGCUGCAAACUUAAAGCUAAGGCAACAUAUAUCUGACUUGUACUAAUUUCUCACUACCUCUAAUACAGGGGUCAGCAACCUUUUUCAGCAGGGGGCCAGUCCACUGUCCCUCAGAACUUGUGGGGGGCCGGACUAUAUGGGGGGGGGGAUGAAUGAAUUUCUAUGCCCCGCAAAUAACCCAGAGAUGCAUUUUAAAUAAAAGCACACAUUCUACUCAUGUAAAAACACCAGGCAGGCCCCACAAAUAACCCAGAGAUACAUUUUAAAUCAAAGGACACAUUCUACUCAUGUAAAAACACACUGAUUCCCGGACCGUCCGCGGGCCAGAUUGAGAAGGUGAUUGGGCCGGAUCCGGCCCCCCAGGCCUUAGUUUGCCUACCCAUGCUCUAGUAGUUUCUCUAUCCAAUGAAAAGCCAAUUCUACAGAGCACUUCAUGUCAGGUAGUGGUUGAUUGAGCUGAACAACGUGUGGCUAUUCCAGCUAUUAACUGGCUUCUGGCAAGUGUGUGCAUGACAAAACCAGAUGGGGGCUGCUUCUCUAAAAUGUUGUGGUAUGGGAUGGGCACAUGUUGAUCUUCAGUGUGAGUGCCUGGAGGCGGUUGGAGGAUGGAUGGCGGCUAACAAAUUGAGGUUGAAUCCUGACAAGACAGAAGUACUGUUUUUAGGGGACAGGGGGCGGGCGGGUGUGGGGGAUUCCCUGGUCCUGAAUGGGGUAACUGUGCCCCUGAAGGACCAGGUGCGCAGCCUGGGAGUCAUUUUGGACUCACAGCAGUCCAUGGAGGCACAGGUUAAAUCCGUGUCCAGGGCAGCUGUGUACCAGCUCCAUCUGGUACGUAGGCUGAGACCCUAUCUGCCCGCGGACUGCCUCGCCAGAGUGGUGCAUGCUCUGGUUAUCUCCCGCUUGGACUACUGCAAUGCACUCUACGUGGGGCUACCUUUGAAAGCGACCCAGAAACUGCAAUUAAUCCAGAAUGCGGCAGCUAGACAGGUGACUGGGAGUGGCCGCCGGGACCACAUAACACCGGUUCUGAGAGAUCUGCAUUGGCUCCCAGUAUGUUUCUGAGCACAAUUCAAAGUGUUGGUGCUGACCUUUAAAGCCCUAAACGGCCUCGGUCCUAUAUGUCUGAAGGAGCAUCUCCACCCCCAUUGUUCAGCCUGGACACUGAGGUCCAGCGCCGAGGGCCUUCUGGCGGUUUCCUCAUUGCGAGAAGUGAGGUUAGAGGGAACCAGACAGAGAGCCUUCUCGGUAGUGGCGCCUGCCCUGUGGAACGCCCUCCCUUCAGAUGUGAAGGAAAUAAGUAGCUAUCCUAUCUUUAAAAGACAUCUGAAGGCAGCCCUGUUCAGGGAAGUUUUUAAUAUUUAAUGCUGUAUUGUUUUUAAUACUUGAUUGGGAGCCGCCCAGAGUGGCUGGGGAGACUCAGCCAGAUGGGCGGGGUAUAAAUAAUAAAUUAUUAUUAUUCAGUAAAUGAGUCAGCUCCCCUGUUGCUAUGUUUGGGAAGGAAGCUUUCUUUGUUGUCUUGAGAACUUGAAGGAAAUGCAAGGCUUGUCAUGAAGUUAAAGAUGGGAGUAAUUGAAGUUAAAGAUGGGAGUAGUGAUAUAUGUCUUGUGCUUCCAGAUUACUGGUGAAACUACAGGAACUGAAUUACAAAUUGAAGGUGCAAGUUGUAUUUGAUAAGUAAGUGACGCCUCGCAUGUGUUAUUGACAUCCAAAUCAAAAUUUCACUCAAAACUGAAGCAUCAGUUGUUAUUUACCUUUGCCCUCUUUCUCUACCCAUUUAACUGUAGCCACCUUUAUUCCAACCAGAAGCAAGCUUCUCUGAAAGUUUUCCGCUUUCUAAGAAACAUCAUAAAGGGUGACUGAAAGUACACAAUCUACUAGCGGCUGUAGGGUUGAGAUUGCAUCCACACAAUCCAUUUAAAGCAUAACCUGAUUCCACCUGUGACAAUAGAUCCCUGUUAUCCUUUCACACUUUCCCUAUUUCUGUUUAGGACUAAAAAGUAAAAAUUCUGGUGUUGUUUUCUGCUGACAGGUCUUGCUCAUCUUUGAAAUAGCAGGUCCUGCAGUAUGUAACAUUUGCACACUGGAGAAGUUUACCACUGCUUAAAACACCCACUAAAAAAACCUACAGUAAAAUGGAUAAAUUUGCCACAUACAUUGUCAGCUGUAUAUAAUGGACCUCCCCUCACUAUUUUUAUUCCUUUGCAGAGACGUCAACGAGAAAGUUGCCGUUAAAGGGUACGUUGACUUCUUGUGUACGCUACUGCUUGUUGUUCUUGUUACACAGUGAAUUGAUUAGUCUCAAAAAAACUUUUAAAAUCUGUUUUCACUGAAGAUUUAGAAAAUUUAACAUCUUGGGGACGAAUUCCAAAGUGAUGAACAUGGAAGAGUCGAAUGGAAGCCUGUCAGCAGAAUUUAGACAUCUGGUGAGGCCUAUCUUUUUGGCAUUCACAUUCUCAAAAUAUCUUCAUAACGUUCUGUCUUCGUCAUCCCCCAAAACGUUCUGUGCUACUGAUGUUUGUGUACUGAAGGAGUAUAUAUUCCAUACAGGCCACAACUAGCAAGUAUGUCACUGUUUUGUAUUCACUUCUGCUUCUAUUUAACACACACACACACGUAUUUGUGUGUGUGCAUGUACAAUGACAUACAACACACAAACACCCCUAUUCCUUUUUGGCAGGAUUCCUUUCAUAAGAAGUCUUCUUGUUCUUCUGUGCCAGAGCUUUUCCAUUUAUAAGACUAGCUUUUUUAAAAACAAAAACAAAAAGUAGGUUUAAAAUUGGGGUUCGUCUUCUACACAGUAGAAGUGCUGAGGGGUGUUUUCUGAAAUUGAAGUCCCCCCAAAUAGGGGGCAUCUUAUACAUGGAAAAAUACGGUGGUUUUGAAAUACUUACCUGCUUUGUUUUUUUUAAAAAAAUCUUGUUUUUACAUGUGCAUUAAUUCAGUUAUACUCCAUAUUAAUGUUGGUACAUUUCUUAUACAGCGGUACCUCCGGUUGUGAACAGGAUCUGUUCCAGAGGUCCAGCUGUAUCCCAAAGUUUUUGCUACUGGAGGUCCUGUUUCUGCGCAUGCGCAGAGGCGUUUUUCCGCUUCUGCGCAUGCGUGCGCAGCGAAACACUUCCAAGUUUGCCGGUAACGUAACCAGAAGUUUAUGUUACCCGUAACCUAAGGUUCCACUGUAUAGCACAAACUAAAGUUGCUUUAUGGACCCAUAACUAGGGCUGGGCAAUAUCUGGUUUUGAAAGUCGUGAUAUGUCAGCAGCUAAACAUCGCGUUAUAUCAAUAUAUCACAAUGUCUGAAAUAAGGACGGAGCUAUGCGGAGGCAUUGGCUGGCUUCAUGGUUUUCCCGGAUCGUGAAUUUUACUGGAUUGUUGAAUAUUGCUUUAGUUGAUAUAAGUUGUUAAAGUUAUGUUUUUAUUACGGCUUUUUUUUUUAUAGGAUCAGAUUGUUAUUAGGCAACUGUUUUGUUUUUCAGCUUGUAAAUGGCCUUGUGUGUAGUAAUUUAGAAAGGCAAUACAGUGGUACCUCGGGUUACAUACGCUUCAGUUUACAGACUCCGCUAACCCAGAAAUAGUACCUCGGGUUAAGAACUUUGCUUCAGGAUGAGAACAGAAAUCGUGCUACGGCGGCAGCAGGAGGCCCCAUUAGCUAAAGUGGUGCUUCAGGUUAAGAACAGUUUCAGGUUAAGAACGGACCUCCGGAACGAAUUAAGUACUUAACCCGAGGUAUACAAAUUAAAAGUGAAAUGAAAAUAUUGGGGGCGUGGGGAGACACAAUAUCACAAAUUUCUCUUUCAAUGAGGGGGAAGAUUUAAAACAAAAUCCUUCAUGAUUCACGUGAAAUACAAUUGCACAAUAUUGCCACCUAUGAGUCUGAUGUUGACUAGUUUCAUCCAGAGCUUCCUUUGGGAGAAUCUAGUACUGGUGCCCUUCCAGAUGUUUAUUGAACGGCAAGUCCCAUCAUCCCUGACCAUUGGCCGCACUGGCGGGAGUUGGAAUACAAAACAACUAGAGUGCACUAGGUUGGUGAAGUUUGUGUUAGGGUGUUGCUCAACCCCUGGCUAGUCAAAAUGUGCACCAUGGUUUGGCACCUGACACGUUGGUCUUUGAACUGUGUCUUUGAUUGGUUAAUAUACUGAAAAAUGAACAUAAAUGUCACUCACUUUGAGACAUUCCUUCAUUCUACAGCAAUUAAAGGAGCAAAAGAAUCCUGGAAGAACCAAUGAGGUAAGAGGAAUCAACACCUAUGCCGUUCAUUUUGCUUACUCAGUUUUCUUUUAAUUUGAUAGCAGAUUUUUAAUAAGCAGUGGUAAUAGACUACACAAAGGGAUGUGGGUGGCGCUGUGGUCUAAACCACUGAGCCUCUUGGGCUUGCCGAUCGGAAGGUCAGCGGUUCGAAUCCCUGCGACGGGGUGAGCUCCUGUUGCUCUGUCCCAGCUCCCGCCAACCUAGCAGUUCAAAAGCAGACCAGUGCAAGUAGAUAAAUAGGAACCGCUGCAGCAAGAAAGUAAAUGGCAUUUCUGUGCGCUCUGGUUUCCGUCACAGUGUCCUGUUUCUCCAGAAGCGGUUUAGUCACGCUGGCCACAUGACCCGGAAAGCUGUCUGUGGACAAACACUGGCUUCCUCAGCCUGAAAAGUGAGAUGAGCGCCACACCCCAUAGUCGCCAUGGACUAGACUUAACGGUCCUGGGGUCCCUUCCAUUUUUUACCUAUUUUUCCACAUACCAUGAUCCCCCAUAGAUUUGAGGUUACUCUUUAACCUUCGCCUGUAAAUGUUAAACCUGAUAUUGGUUAGAGUGAUAAUAUAAUUAUAUAACUGAAAAAAGUACCAGGGUCUCCCUUGUUAACCUUUGAUAUAGAACAGGAUUUUUAGUCCAGCAACCCAGAUAUUUUAUUUUCCCCAUCCCACUGGGCCAGCUUUUGACAGGUGGGUGGGGCCACCUUCCUGUUAGGCACCUGAUGCAAUAAGGAUGUCGGGUGAUUGACAAGUGGUUGUCCCACCUAUAUUGGGGAGGAGAUACUGUCCAAUGAGGAUAGCACAGGAAGUUCAGUCCUUUUAAAAAAAUAAAAAAAUAUUGGAAAUUUCAACACAAUAGUUUUAUCAAAAAUACAUCAUCCACAAUACUAUUAUUUCCCCCCUCCAUUUUUUUUGCCCCCCCUCCCCCAUAAACAAACAAACAAACAAACCCAACCUCCCACCCCACCCCCGGACUUCCCUCAGCUCCUGUCCCUGGUUUCCUCAACACAUAUUUCUAUCUGCAUCUUAAAGAAUUGUAAAAAUCCUCAAGUUGUCUUUCUAUAUAUUACAAUAAACAGUUUGUGAAUGUUUAUUCAAAACCUGCCAAAGAGUCCAGUUCAUUUUCAGUCCUAUGUUCUGAAGGGUUUGGAAGAUCUAACUAGUUCCCUUCAUCCCCAACGAGCAUAAUCAGGGAUCAGGGGAGUUGUGCAGUGCGACAGAUUCCUGUAAUUGUUAUUUUUUAAAGCUGCCUUUUUCCUAUAUAAAGGGGCCUCUCAUUGUAACAGAAGAACUCCAUUCUCUCUCUUUUGAGACAACGCUGGAGCAGUGGGGCCUCAUAAUUGAUCUAGAGGUAAGUGUGUUAACUACUCAGGACAUAAGGCUAUGUAUGUAGCAAGAGAGGAGUGAAUUUUAGGAAAAGUCUUGUCCCAAUCUACCCACAAGCCAAACUGUGAACACAGCCUGGCACUUCCUUGUUUGUUAGAUUGGCCCAGCUAUGUCUCGUUUGCCAAACUGGGAGCAGUUUGCUUUUGUGGUAAAAGCAAUUAUAUGGAGUUUGGCUCACUCUGCAGUUUGUUUUGUUUUUAAAUUCACCAAAGAGCUUUGAGCGUAGAAAAGUGAAUAUACCAACCUUGGCUAUACAGGCAACGACCGAUUUAGUUGCGUCUGAGCAUGUGCGCAUGGCGCCAAACCAGGAAGCAGCCCCAAAACGUCACAGAGGUCAUGAAAGGCGACAUGCGCAUGGUCCACCGAUGCGCUUGGGGGUCUGGAAUGCAACCCCCCGCGCAAAACGAGGGUUGCCUGUCAUAUCUUUCUGUGUCGAAAUAUCCAGCCAUGUUUUGCAAAUUGUAAUGACGUGAUGCUGCUGCCUAAAAGAAUUUGGUACUGUGUCUCCCCUUAAUUUCCGUGCCUUUGACCAUCUUGGAAGCGUUCGCUCACUUUUUCCCUGUCACCCUCGCUUCCCAGACCACCUCCCUUCCUAUUGUUGUCAUCUCCAAUGUCAGCCAGCUGCCGAGCGGAUGGGCUUCCAUCUUGUGGUACAACAUGCUGACAAAUGAGCCCAAGGUGAGUAUCCUGGCAUCCUUUUUUAAGUGCAGGAUUUGGGUGGGUGAAUGGAUAUUGAAACAAUUGAAAGAAUACUCUUCAUUAAAGCAAGCCCCAUUAUUUUGUUCAUCGAUGUACAGUCGUACCUUUGUUUUCAAACAGCUUAGUUCUCAAACGUUUUGGCUCCCAAACUCCGCAAACCUGGAAGUGAGUGUUCCGGUUUGCUAACUGUUUUUGGAAGCCGAACGUCUGACGUGGCUUCCUGAUUGGCUGCAGGAAGCUCCUGCAGCCAAUCAGAAGCCACACUUUCGUUUUCGAAUGCUUUGGAAGUCGAACGGAAUCCGUUUUGGAAGGUACGACUGUAUUUAUUAAAUUUAUAUCCUGCUCUUCGAAGAACUUAGGGUAGCAAAUACAUCAAUAAGUAAAGAGAGUCUCCUUUUAAAAAUAAAUAAAUUAAAAACUUCUGAAAGAAAGCAAUCACCCUCUCACAGCUGAAGAGCGUUGUAACUUACCAAAGUCAAUGUACAUGGCACAAAAGGAAAAUAAUUGUGACAGAGGAGGAAGCAAGCUCUGGUUUUGAAGGCUCUGUUUAUGAAGGCUAAUAAUCCAGCAUUGGUUAUAUCUGUGCACAGACCCAUUGACUAAGUUCAACAUAAGACCCAUUUGAAUAUGGACAUAAGUUAUUUCAGUGAGUUUAUCCUAUGUUGGAUAUCAUUUCUUCGAACAACCAUUUGGAAUGAAAACUGUUUAAGGAGAAAGGAGCUAAAAGCGGCUGGCUUUUCAGCUUAUGGUUUUGCAAUAUUAAAUACCUCAUGUAAAAUGGUACCUUUUAAAAACGUAAUUGGAAAGCUCCAUUCAGUGAUGAGGUUUUCUUCAGUUACGUACACUGAAGACCCGAUUGGACACUUGAUUUUUUUUGGAAUUGCUUUUAUGACCGUUGCAUAAACAUUACAGUUGUUCGAACUCUUUUAUACAUGGCAUUUUGGGGAGAAAAAGCAGCGGUUUUUCUCUUGAUUUAAAUUGUACAAGGGCAAUGCGUUCUCUGUGUAAGAAGAAAUCACUUGCUUUGCUGAUGUUGAUCAUAUUUCACUUUAAAAACACACACACACCAGCUGCUUCCCGUAUAAAAUUAAAAAUGGGCAUGAGAACAUGCAAAUGGAUUGUAGAGUUGUCAACAAAAGGAAAAGGAAGAAUGUGGACAAAAUGCAGACAGGAGAAACUGCACACAACAGUCACAGAGAAAGCUUAAGGAUUAUAGUUAAAUCCACAGCCAUUUUUUAAAAAUAACAUUUUUGAAAAGAAGCAACAAGUCGUAACUACAAAAUUGCAGGAAAUUUUAUUGGUUUCCCCCCCGCUCUGCCCAGGUAAAAUAAACAGUUAUUGUUAGAGUUUCCAUGUAGGUUGUCUGGAAAUCCAAAUACCAUUUUAAGGUAUGCACCCUGGUCUGCCUCCUGUUUCCUUUUGAAAUAGUAAUGCUUUGUGUUGCAUCAGAAGCCACCCCCCUUCUCAAAAUGAUUCCACGUUUCAGGAGUAUGUGUCUUGUUGAGUGGGAAGAUAAAAAAAGGUUUUUUUUGUGAGGAGGUUGGAGCUCCCUGAUAGGGAUGUAAAAACUCCCCACAUGGGUGUUUAGGUGUUUAGGCCUACCCUUGUGAGAGCCAAUAUGGUGCAGUACUUAAUAUUUCAAAAUAAGGGGUGGGUCUGGACACAGGUUAAAAACGCUAUAAAUAAGUCAGAAAUUAAAUCGUUACAAUGAAAGAAAGAAAAAAUGCCUAUGUAACAAUACAUAUAUACCGUAUUUUUCGCUCUAUAGGACGCACUUUUUUCCCUUCAAAAAUGAAGGGGAAAUGUGUGUGCGUCCUAUGGAGCGAAGACGCCAUAGCCCCGCGACCCUCUCCCGGCUGGAGAGGUGACGCGCGGCUCUGGCAGGAGCCUCUACAGCCCCGCGUCACCUCUCCAGCCGGGAGAGCGCGCGGGGCUAAAGCAGCCCCCGUGACCCUCUCCCGGCUGGAGAGGUGACGGGCGGCUAUGGCAGGAGCUUCUAUAGCCGCGCGUCACCUCCCCAGCCGGGAGAGCGCGCGGGGCUAAGAAGCACCCCGCGACCAUCUCCCGGCUGGAGAGGUGACGCGCGGCUAUUGAGGCUCUUGCCAUAGCCGCCCGUCACCUCUCCAGCCGGGAGGCGCCAGCGGGCUAAAGAAGCCAUAGCCCAGCGACCCUCUCCCGGCUGGAGAGGUGACGCACGGCUAUGGCAGGAGCCUCUCCGCUGCGCCUUUCCGCUGCUCCCUGAACUGCUCUUUGGGGCUGGUGGUGGGCUUCCCCCCGCCAGCCCCAAAGAGCAGGUCGAGGAACCUGAAGCCUGGAGAGCGAGAUGGGUCAGUGCACACCGACCCCUCUCGCUCUCCAGGCUUCCAAGGUAGCCGCCUGAACGCACCUUAAACGGCACCUUGUUUUAGAGCGGGAAAACAAGAGGGGGAAAGUUCUCCCCUCUCUGCACAGCGCCUCCUGCCACUUCGCUGAAGGGCGCUGGGCAGAGAGGGGGAGAAUUUUUUUUUCUUGAUCUCCCCCCUCUAAAACAAAGUGCGUCCUAUUGUCCGGUGCGUCCUAUGGUGCGAAAAAUACGGUACUUUUUUCUGCUCUCUGGCGCCAUCUGGUGUUGGAUGUUUAUAACGCACUCAAAACGCAUUAAUGUGACGAAAUGUACCAUAUUUUUCACUCUAUUGGACGCACCGGACCAUAGGACGCACCGGACCAUAGGAGGGGGAGAACAGGGGAAUUUUUUUUUUCUUGUUCUCCCCCUCUAAAACAAGGUGCAUUCUGUGCGUUCACCCGAAGCCUCCGGAGCCCAGCGGGAGUUCCCUUUCGACCUGCUCUUUGGGGCUGGCGGGGGCGCGGAGCGCUGCUUUCCUCUACUGCCAGCCCCAAAGACCAGGUCGGGGAACAGCGGGAAGGCAGCACUCUGCCUCCCCGCUGUCUCCCGAGUUUGUGGGGCUGGCGGUGGGGAGAAGCGCUGCUGUCCCACACCGCCAGCCUCCAAACCAGGUCAGGUUUGGAGGCUGCUAUCCGCAAGCCUUGGGAGCGCGGCAGGCACUCCCGCCGCGCUCCGAAGGCUUGCGGAUAGUUUCCUGAAGCAUGAAGAGCGAGAGGGGUCAGUGCGCACCGACCCCUCUCACUCUCCAGGCUUCAGCGAAAGCCUGCACUCGCUCCAUAGGAUGCACACACAUUUCCACUUCAUUUUUGGAGGGGGAAAAGUGUGUCCUAUAGAGCGAAAAAUACGGUAACUGAGUCCUAGGACCAAGGAGGCUGGUUCAAAUCUCCGCUCUACCAAUCAUGUCUCAAGUUUCUCCUACCAAACAAGGUUAUGAGAAUAAAAUGGGAGAAAUUUCUAUGACACUUGGGCUCCUUUGGAAGAAAGGUGGGAUGAUAUUCCUGUAAAUAAAACAAAAGUCAGUAAAUAGUGGCUCAGAUUCUAAAUCCUUUCCUUUUCCUCUCUAGAAUUUGUCCUUCUUUCUGAACGCGCCGUGUGCAAGGUGGUCGCAGCUUUCCGAAGUGCUGAGUUGGCAGUUUUCUUCUGUCACAAAGCGGGGACUCAACGCAGAGCAACUGAGCAUGAUAGGAGAAAAGUUACUUCGUAAGUGAUGUUCGAAAAUGUCGCUUGCACUGUCAACCUCCUUAAAAAAAAAAUGCAUGCAGCUUCCCACCAUGUUUAAUUAGAGGUUAUGCCAUUUCUUUCGCUGGAUAUUUUAUAUCCAUCUUUUCUGGCGCACAAGGCAUAACAGUUUCAUUUCUUAUCAGUUAGGAGGGAGGAGGGAGAGAGAAAACAAAGCAGGAGACAAGGUAGGAUAGGAUAGAAUUUAUUAUUUAUACCCCGCCCAUCUGACUGGGUUUCUCCAGCCACUCUGGGCGGCUUCCAACAGAGUAUUAAAAUACAGUGGUCUGUUAAACAUUAAAAGCUUCCCUAAAGAGGGUUGCCUUUGGAUGUCUUCUAAAAGUCUGGUAGUUGUUUUUCUCUUUGACAUCUGGUGGGAGGGCGUUCCACAGGGUGGGUGCCACUACUGAGAAGGCCCUCUGCCUGGUUCCCUGUAACUUGGUUUCUCGCAGUGAGGGAACCGCCAGAAGGCCCUCAGCGCUGGACCUCAGUGUCCGGGGCAGAACGAUGGGGAUGGAGACGCUCCUUCAGGUAUACUGGACCGAGGCCGUUUAGGGCUUUAAAGGUCAGCACCAACACCUUGAAUUGUGCUCAGAAACGUACUGCAAAUUAUCUGUAAAGUAUCGGUUCAGCUCAGCUACCCCCUGGGAAGCUGUCAAGUCUCUACCUUUUCGCUCACCCAUAUAUUGUCUGGUUGAAACACUUACCACAAUGUUAUUUCGAUACUGGUAUUCAACGAUGUGGCAAUUUAUCACACAGCCCCUACUGUGGACCACCUGGCUGAAGCUUGCAUGAAGCCCAGUUAUGUAGCUCCUGCCCUAAAUAAAUUGUGAGCCCAGUUAUGUAGCUCCUGCCCUAAAUAAAUAAAUUGGAAGUAUUUCUGGGUUAAUUAUUAUUAUCAUUAUUUUAAAAACAUCACAUUUGUCGAAAGCAAAAUCUGCCGACUUGAUCAGAAUAUAAUUGGGGAGGGAGUCCCAUGGACUGCAAGAAGAUCAAACGCAUCCAUUCUGAAGGAAAUUAGCCCUGAGUGCUCACUGGAAGGACAGAUCCUGAAGCUGAGGCUCCAAUACUUUGGCCACCUCAUGAGAAGAGAAGAGUCCCUGGAAAAGACCCUGAUGUUGGGAAAGAUGGAGGGCACAAGGAGAAGGGGACGACAGAGGACGAGAUGGUUGGACAGUGUUCUCGAAGCUACAAACAUGAGUCUGACCAAACUGCGGGAGGCAGUGAAAGACAGCAGUGCCUGGAAUGCUGUGGUCCACGGGGUCACGAAGAGUCGGACACAACUAAACAACUAAACAACAACAAAGCAUUCUGAUUUGUCAGUUACUAGGAAAUUCCUAAGUCCUUAGCACGGCAGUGCAGAUGGGAAUAAGGCAUGUUCCAAUCAGCAGGGUUUUUCUUUUCUUUUCUGGGAGUCCUUCCUCUCCCUUUGCCCUUGGGAUUUAAAUUCAAUCCUUUGUGUUCUUGGAGGGUAAGAUUCUAUCUCCAAUCUUACAUGUGAUACAGAUAUAUUAGCCUAAUUACUAUCUGAAGAGUAACAUGGCAAUAACUUGUUUCCCUUUAGCGAACGGAUGCACUGCGGACGGCACUAUUACUUGGGUGAGGUUCUGUAAGGUAGGAUAUUUCCUUUUUUCUUUUUCUAAAGGGGCCAGAGUCCAACCACUACUGGAUCCAUUGAUAACCAGUUGGUUGCCUAAGUCGGAGACAAACCGUAGUUUUAUAAGGGAGUUUAAGGUGGCGUGAUAAAGGCCUUUGUUCGUCAUCUCAAAAAAGUUGUUGUGGGGCUUUUUUUGAGCCACUGCACAAACCUGAAAAAAUGUGUGUGGAGGCCAUGGUGGAAGACAGAGCCUGAACUGUCAUAUUUUAAAACUUUCUGGUGGGGAGGGGAAGCUGUUGUUUGCUAAAACAACUCGCCUCAGGUCUUACAAUCUUGCUUUCUCUCCAGUUGCCAGCAGAGGGUACUAAAUAGAACAGAAAACACGUCAGUGUACUGAGAAUCAUUUUGUUGUGGUUGUAAUUUUACUGAUGCAGUGAGAAGCAGGAUGGGGGUAGAUUGGGCCGAGGGGAGAGCACCCAAGAGAGAGGAGUCUUGUAUUUUCGGAAAAACAGACUGUCUUGAGUGCACAACCAUAGGCAACAUUAUAUUGCUGAACAGCAAUGUGUGCAAUAGGAGUCUCUCCCUCCCUCUCUCUCUCUCUCUCUCUCUCUCUCUCUCUCUCACACACACACACACACACACACCCUCCUGAUACAGGGAAGAGCACAGCAUACAUUGUAUGUUUGGACUGUGGGGUUUCAGUCAUUUUCAAGAGAAAGGCACAUGUGCAUAGCGCAAUCUCUUUUGGUGCCCAGUUGCCUUCUAUGAAUCAUCUUGCUCCAGACACCUUUUACUAGCUUUCACCAGGCUUAUUCAUAGGUUACCCUGAGCACAAGUCGCAGACUGUGUUUGUGCAUGUACAAGUGUUUGUGCUGGCUGGUUUUUUAAAAAAAUACAUAGUAAUUAUUUUUAUUAUUUAUAUUCCACCCAUCUGGCUAGGUUUCCCCAGCCACUCUGGGCGGCUUCCAGCAGAAUAUAGAAACAUAAUUGAAUGUCAAGCGUUAAAAACUUCCCGAUACAAGGGUUGCCUUCAGAUGUCUUCUAAAAGUCAGAUAGUUGUUUAUUUCCUUGACAUCUGGUGGGAGGGCGUUCCACAGGGUGGGUGCCACUACUGAGAAGGCCCUCUGCCUGGUUCCCUGUAACUUCACUUGUUGCAGUGAGGGAACCGCCAGAAGGCCCUUGGAGCUGGACCUCAGUGUCCGGGAUGAACGAUGCGGGUGGAGAAACUCUUUACGUAGCAGUAGCUCAACUAUUGGGCACACAAGUUUCACACUCAUUGAAUGCAAUGUGUGAACACCCUUACGCACAAUAGCAUAGAGGUGGCCUUGAGACUUGUAAGACAGUUGGAAUGCAUGUGGGAAUGUGAAUGUAUAGAACACAAAAUCGGAAGACCCAAGAACAGCCGUGAGGAAAAAAAUUAAUGAGAAGAGCACCACUGAUAGAACGGAUACUCUUAAUGUACGAGCUCCGUUGUGGUUAGCUGAAGUAGCAACUUCUAACGCGCUGUUCUUUUGUUUCCUUCAAUUUCAGGAAAACAUAAAUGACAAAAACGUUCCCUUCUGGUUGUGGAUUGAAGGCAUCCUUGACCUCAUUAAGAAACAUCUUCUCGCCCUCUGGAACGAUGGGUAAGAAUUUCAGAGGCUUCUUGAGGGCAGUGGAUGGGCUUGGAAUCCUAAAUAAAACCACGUCUGGAAUUAUUAUUAUUAAUAAUUAAUUAAUUAAUUAAUUAAUUAUACCCCCACCCAUCUGGCUGGGUUUCCCCAGCCAUUCUGGGCGGCUUCCAACAAAAGAAUAAAAAUACAUUAAAACAUCAGUUAAAUAACAUUAAAGGUGUUCUGGUUGGAAUUGGGUAUCUUACAAUGCAGUCUUUGUGCAUUUACUCCAUGGAAUUCAUGGGGUUUUAUUCCCAGGACCCUUGUCUUCCCCCUUGAAAUCAGUGGUGCUUAAACAAUGCUUAGCUUUGCCACCACCGAAAAAAGGGAGAACAUUUUGCAUAUGGAAUAGUCUUGGGGGCAUGAGGAGAGAGAAACACAAUGAAGGAGAUUUCAGUUUUAAGGUAAGAAGGUUUACGGCAAGGACGGGAAUCUGUCGCCCUGCAAAUGUUGUUGCAAUUCAGCUCCUCCCUGCCGCCGCCAGAAUGACAGACAGUCAGAGAUUUUUGGGAGUUGCAGUUCAGCAGUGACUGGAAGGCCACAGUUUCCCUGCUCCUGGUUUAGGGACUGUUGUCAGAACGGCAGCUCAAAGACCGAUUAAAACGCAGUUUAAAUGGCUUAUUAUAUAUCUGCUGGUAGGCUCCAAACAACAGCAGUCUAAUUAAUUGUGUAAACAGUAAUUGCUCAGACCGUGAAACGAUAGGCAGUGCUGAACGUGUACCCAUUUCUCAAAACAGAACUUUAAUUGCCCUGAAAUUGCUUUUUUUUAUUUUUAUGGAGCAGUAUAAAGUAUAUAUGGGGAAGAAGCUGGGGGAUAAAUAUACCUCUAGAGAGCUAUUGUAGCUUGUUAUCCACAGCAUAGCAAACAGGUUUACUGAGAACAUAAAAGCGUUUUUAUGGAUUCCCUUUGUUAUGAAAAAGCAAGUAAUGUAAAGAGACGGAUAGCUGGGACCUGCUGGAAUAUUUGCAGUAUAUUUGGGAGCUUCUAAACAGUGAAAAGGUUCUGCCUUGUCCCCUCCCCUCCAAAUUAAGGUGAAGGAAAUGAGGAACAAUUAGCAAGUCGCAUCCCUAAUUUAUAAUGCAACUUUUGAUUUUGUGGUCAGUAAAGGUGGGUAUUUUCUUACUUAAUAGUAAAACCCAACUUUCACUCCAAUGAUUCUCCUAAAUCUGUACUGCUGCCACAAUGGGGGUGGAGACGCUCCUUCGGGUAUACUGGGCCGAGGCCGUUUAGAGCUUCAAAGGUCAGCACCAACUCUUUGAAUUGUGCUCGGAAACGUACUGGAAAUACUCAUUUGUAAGCCGUUUUGGCAGUUGUGGGCGGAUAGGACUUUACCAUAAAUCGGUGCGCUCUGGAUGUUGUUGGACUUUAACUUCCAUCAGCCCUGAUUGAGGAGAGUUGAUAGUAUCUAGACAAUACCUUCAGGGCCCCAGGUUGGUGUCCUCUUGACUUACUACAAGGCCAAAGUCCUGUCACAAAUGUUUUGUGCAUCUGUGCUCUUCUCUUUUUGACAUUUCAGAAGCAUCAUCGGCUUCAUAAGCAAAGAACGAGAACGUUGCUUGCUCAAGAAUAAGCCCACCGGUACCUUCCUCCUGAGGUUCAGUGAAAGUAGUCGAGAAGGAGCCAUCACUUUUACCUGGGCAGAAGGACCACAAAAUGGUAGGCAAACACUCAAAAAGAACACUCAUGUCGUGUUCAAGGGCUUAAUUUUUUUUUAAUACAUUUUUUUAAAAAAAAAUUUUUUUUGGAAAAAACCUAUCCAUUGCAUAUUGUUUUUGUGGCAGCACAUAUACUAAAAUUGGAAUGAUACAGAGUAGAUUAGCAUGGCCCCCGCGCAAGGAUGACACGCAAAUUCCUGAAGCGUUCCAUUUUAAAAAUUUUUGUGCAUGUGCCAUUCUUCCAAGUUUUUUGUCUGAUACCUGCAUACAAGGAAUGGUAGAAUUCGUAAAAGCAUCUUCACGUGGAACACUACCAAGACUGAUACAGUGGUACCUCAGGUUACAUAUGCUUCAGGUUACAUACGCUUCAGGUUACAGACUCCCCUAACCCAGAAAUAGUACCUCGGGUUAAGAACUUUGCUUCAGGAUGAGAACAGAAAUCGUGCUCUGGCGGCGUGGCAGCAGUGGGGGAGGCCCAUUAGCUAAAGUGGUGCUUCAGGUUAAGAACAGUUUCAGGUUAAGAACGGACCUCCGGAACGAAUUAAGUACUUAACCCGAGGUACCACUGUAUAAGAAUUCCACACCGUGGAUAUUGCCAGUAUAAGAACUGAAUAGAUUGUAUUUCCUGAUCAAUCUGCUAGACUUUAAUUUAUCAUAAUAUGUUUCGUUUGUAUGAUACGUUGGUCUGUAGAACCAUAUAUUUUGAUAUGAUAUGUUGAAUCACAUUUAAAAAUAACUUAUAUACAGCCGGUAUAUUUGUUUGUGUUAUUUUUUUGUGGCAGCAAAUCCUCUCAUGUUCAUUGGAGCCUUGCUCUCCAAGCACAGUUGUUUUUUGAAUUGGGCCUCCUACACAAUAAUAAUGCUUUAUCACUAAGCUAUGGAAAUUUUCUCUUGCACCCCAAUUUCUCACAAAAAAAAUAAACAUUGGAAUGUUCCUUCCUUUGAAACAAGUCUCUUGCUUCCUGUUUUCCUCUUGGCAUAAUUGUGGGAAAGGGAGCCUAGGCAGGGAUUUUGAGAGAAUGGAGAAAAACAUGGAAGGAGAAGCUGGUUUGUUUUUCUGACUGCUGUGUAAUUGGAAUUUAUAAGUUUAUGGAACGCAGAAAUUACAUAAAUUGUCAAACCAUUCAUUCUAGCACACGGGGGGGGGGAGUGGGCACAUAAAUGGUAUAAUUUGGCAUUUGAAAGAUUGGCACUAUUAAUUAUAAUUUUGUAUUGGCAUAAUGAGGCUUUUAUUGGAUUAUUGUAAUUGAAAACUAAUAAAAAUUAUAUUUAAAAAAAAAUGGAAGGAGAAGUUGGCAACUUCUUAAGAGCCAUCCUCCUUUUAACUCUGAUGCUGAGGGAAAGCUCACCUGCUAAAUUUCUCUUCUGUUACAGGGUGGUGGUGAAUGGCAACCCUAAUGUGAAGGAUAAACAGUAGAUAGCAGCUUUCUGAGUUCUGUUAGCUUCUUAGCAGACCAAGUGUGUUGAAAGUUGAGUUUCUGAUCUUGCUUUUAAUUCUUGUCUCUCUCCACCCCCACUCCCCUGGCUAUGUACCAGAUAAUUUCUGUCACUCAGUGGAGCCCUACACAAAGAAGGAACUCUCUGCGGUUAGCCUGCCCGAUAUUAUUCGCAGCUACAAGGUGAUGGCGGCUGAGAAUAUUCCGGAAAACCCCCUGAAAUUUCUUUAUCCAGAUAUUCCCAAAGACAAUGCCUUUGGAAAAUACUACUCCAGGCCCAAAGAGUGUGAGUACUUUUCCUUUGAAACAAAAACAUGUGUUGUGGUCAGUUCCAUGAAGCAUCAGUAGCUGAAUUUGUAGCGGUGAAAAGCCAUGUUCUUUUUUUUAAAAAAACGACAACAAUUUCCUCUCAUAAAUUAGCAGUGCCACCCCAUCUUUUUUUCCUGGGCCCCAAACAGGGAUGGCACUUGUGGGGGACAGGGGGCAGCUGUAAGGAAAAUAGCAGAGAAUAGCAGCAAACGGGUGAUUUGAAAUGUAGUCUUGUCCAUUGCGUUUUCCAGUGCUUUUUUUCUUUAAAAAAAUGUUUAGGGGUGCUCUCGUUUUCCUACUCAUAUUGAAAUACUGCCCCUCAAUGAGGCCAGACUUGGAUUCACAAAAUGAUUAGGGGUUUGCAUCCCCUCCCAGAAAAAUAGCACUGGCUUUCCCCCCAGUUCUAGACCUGACGAUGCACGUUUUGACAAUUCUGGGUGCAUCCGCUGCGAUGUCAUGGUCGCCAAUAUGGACAGAAUUGUUACGGGGUUGGAAUUCCAACAUCAGUGUUUUCAGUCGGCACAAGAGUUUCAUCUUGCCGGGCAGAACAACCCCACCUCUUCCCCCCACCCACCUCGUGCCAUUGUGGAGGGUCUCUCUUUGCCCCACCCCAAGCCAAUUGGGUGCAGAGGGUGGGGGAGCUCCAUUGUACGUGCAGAAAUCCUUGCUGGGGGCUUCCGCUGGCAAGUCUCGUUCGAUGAAACCCAACCGUUGUCUUUACAUUAAAGUGAAGACCCAAGAAACGUUGGGAGUGCUUUUGUAGUAUUUUAAUAUUCUGUUAGGGACGCGGGUGGCGCUGUGGGUUAAACCACAGAGCCUAGGACUUGCCGAUCAGAAGGUCGGCGGUUCGAAUCCCCGCAACGGGGUGAGCUCCCAUUGUUCGGUCCCAGCUCCUGCCAACCUAGCAGUUCGAAAGCUCAUCAAAGUGCAAGUAGAUCAAUAGGUACCGCUCCGGCGGGAGGGUAAACGGCGUUUCCGUGUGCUGCUCUGGUUCUCCAGAAGCGGCUUAGUCAUGCUGGCUACAUGACCCGGAAGCUGUACGCUGGCUCCCUCAGCCAAUAAAGCGAGAUGAGCGCCACAACCCCAGAGUCGGUCACGACUGGACCUAAUGGUCAGGGGUCCCUUUACUUUACUAAUAUUCUGUUGGAAGCCACCCAGAGUGGCUGGGGAAACCCAGCCACAUGGGCGGGGUAUAAAUAAUAAAGUAUUAUUAUUAUUAUUAUUAUUAUUAUUAUUAUUAGACUCCCAACUCGCGUCAGCCCCUGACCAUUGGCCAUUAUUGGCUGAAUGAACCAGUUCCAUAGUUACUAAAACUGGGUUUUGUAUGUGUUUUUCUUUCAUCAUUUUAGCCACAGAACCCAUGGAUGUGGACGGUGGAGGAAAAGGAUACAUCAAAACUGAAUUAAUCUCUGUGUCUGAAGUGUGAGUUUGCUGAGAAGACAGCUGAAUGUACUUUUAAAAAAAAACUGUGAUAGAUGCUAAGAAGUGAAAUUCCUGCGUUGUUAUUACAGGGUAGAACACUCCCCACCCCCGCCACCCCACAUAUACACACACACCGACCUUUCUGCUUUUGCAGUGCGGACCUUCAAAGUGACCUCUGGGGUACCAGCACAGCUGAACUAUAUAACCUGUUCAUGCCUAGGCUGACUCCAGAAGUUCCUCCAUGGACCAUCUUGCCUUCCAAAUACACCAUCACUUAGUGAUGCACUGCGCACUCGGAGGAGGGGGGUGGAAAAAUCUCACGCACAAAGAAAUAUCAAAAUAAAAUGUUAAUUUUGGAUAUUGGUAUAAUGUGCUUCUUUGGCGGUACUUAAUUUGGGAUGGACAACCAGAUUUCCCCAGGGCUUUUUUUGUUUGUUGUUUUGUUUUGUUUUGUUUUGUUUUUGGAAGGGGGGCAAAGGGUUAAGACUACUGGGUUGUCAGCUGGCAAGGGGAUGCAGCUGGGGGUGGGGGGAGUCUAAAGGGAAGGGACUUGGAGCCUGGGCUGAGCCCAGAGGUGGUUCUGCAGAAAGGAGCAGCAAUGCUUUAGGCAGGCAACUGCCUAAGUGGGGGGAGAAACCUGGUUUCUGUUUUCUCCCUGCCCCCUUCUGCUUGUCCCACCACUCAGGUCAGUCUUUCCUUUGCUAAAUCUCUGUGUGGUCUCCCUGCCCACUGUCUGCAUUCCUCUGUUUCCCCUUCCUCCAUAAAUCCAAAAUUGCACCCUCCAUUCCCUAGCUGCCCCCUCUUUCCCACUGGAACACUCAACACCUCCCCCCCCCCCAACCCAGCCUGCCCCUUCAGUUUGUGUGUUUCCAUAUUCUGAUUUAAAACUUCCCGUGUGUGUGUGUGUGUGAGAGAGAGAGAAAGAGAGAGAUUGUUCCCCAUCCAUUUGACUCUCUCUAAACAAAUUAGAUUGUAAGCCUAGAAGGCAGGGACACUUGUCUCGUUGUAUGUGUUUUUUCCCAGUUCUUAAAUGCUAAUAAAGUAUAUAGGCUCCUUCUCUAUCCUAGAGAGCCCUUUUAGCAGUUUCCAGCUAUAUAAUUGAGAACACAGUAUGCCACUGUAAGUUAAAUAAUAUUCCAGAAUUCUCUCUUGUCCAUCCAUCGGGGAGCAGGCUCCAUCAGCUUUGUAGCCACUCCCCCUGGGAUGACAUCAUCAACCAUAUAUGGGUUAAUGGGUGGAGCUAUAGCUUAGCAGUAGCGCAGUAAUUUUGCAAUCAAAAGUUCUCUGGUGUCUCCUUGUAGGUGUGGGAAUCCCUAGAAAACCACUACCGGUCAGUGUAGAUAAUAUUUCUCUUAACUGACCAUAUUUUUUAAAAAAGUGUUGUCCAAUUAACCAGGAUUGUCUUUUAAAAUUGAUUUAAAGGGUUUUUAAUUAAAGUUUGCAGCCCUAAUUUUUAAUGUCACACUGGCCCAGCCUCCCAAAGUGUCCUAACAAAUAGAUCUGGUAAAGUCAUGGUUUUUAGAAAAAUAAUAAUAAUGUAUGACAUGGCAACAGUUGGAAGAGUUUUAAGGCCCUCUCCUUACAGCAUGCCUUCAUCUUCUUGCCUCACGUUUGCAUUUUGCCAUGCGUAAAGGAAAAGGUGCUUCUCUGUGAGUAGGAACAGGUCAAAGAUGUGUGCUGCUUCAAGUUGAGAGGGUCGCCUCUGUAUAUUCUUUACAGUAUGCUGCUUUUUCUGUGUGCAGUAUGUAGGAUAUUCAAACACACAAUCUCUCCCUGCCCCUCUGAAUUCGUGCGCUAGCUCCUUACCGGGCUGCUUAUAUUUAAUUGUGCAUGCCUGAGCAUGGAUUGCAUGCGCCGCGUAUCAAAUAGGAACCGCCUCCGAAGGUGUGGCUAUCCUAACUUAACGCUUGCAUUGCCAGUUAGGCCUCUGUGUACAGGGAUGAUUCCCCACUUGGGUCCGGUUCACGUUUGGCUCCUGUAUUGGCAAGGGUAACGCUAGACUUCUGUGCCCUGGUAGUAUUGGGAGAUGCUGUUAAAAUUCUACUGUGCUGUUCGAAGCGAUCCGAUUGUCUUAGCAGGGCAAGAAGGGUCCGCUGUUGGGUUUACAUGGCCUUUGGGCAACGCUUAAUGAUUUCGAGCACUCUAAAUUAACAGUUUGGCCAGAGGUAUCCUGUACUGCAGGGGUGAGGAGAACCAGUCUCCCUCCAGAUGUUGUUAGACUCCGACUCCCAUCAGUCACACCCAGUUUGGCUUUUUGCUGGGGAAGGUGGGCACUGAUCUCCCAACAUCUGCUCGGCGUCUGGUUCCCCAGCUUUGUUUAUACCAGGACUAGUGAUUCCCUGGUUGCUCCCAGCUUAUUAGAAACAGUCACGUUCUUGUUGUUUUCUCCCCACCCCCUCCUUCUUAUCUUGCAGCCACCCCUCCAAACUGCAGAGCACGGAUAACCUCUUGCCAAUGUCCCCGGAAGAUUUUGACGAGGUCAAACGAGCGAUAGGCUCUGCAGACAUGAUGGUGAGUCAACCACAAAGCCGGGGGCUUCUGAAGCCUUGCUUACUUGUCGGGCACGCUUAUCUGUCAUGGAUGCAAGAAAUUCACAUAGUGCCGCCAUCCCCGAGAGACUUAGCAUGAUUUUAUAUAAUAUAAUAAUAAUAAUAAUAAUAAUUUAUUAUUUAUACCCCGCCCAUCUGGCUGGGUUUCCCCAGCCACUCUGGGCGGCUUCUAACUGAAUAUUAAAAACAAUACAGCAUCAGACAUAAAAAACUUCCCUAAGCAGUUGUCUUUUAAAAGUUAAAUAGUUGUUUAUUGCCUUGACAUAUGGUGGGAGGGCGUUCCACAGGGCAGGCGCCACUACCGAGAAGGCCCUCUGCCUGGGGGUCCCUGUAACUUGGCUUCUCACAGUGAGGGAACCGCCAGAAGGCCCUCAGCGCUGGACCUCAGUGUUGUGGCUGAACGAUGGGGGUGGAGACGCUCCUUCAGGUAUACUGGACCGAGGCCGUUUAGGGCUUUAAAGGUCAGCACCAACACUUUGAAUUGUGCUCGGAAACAUACUUAGUAACAUCAUAGUAACACAGGGAAGAGCUUCUCGCUGAGCAGCAGUUAGUAAACUCUACAGGUGUGAUUCAGCAAUCCCCUACGGCAGUGGUUUUCAACCAGUGCAUUGUGGCAUCCUGGGGUGCCUUGAAUCGUGGUCAGGUUUGCCCUCCCUCCUUCCUUCCCAUCCUCUUCUCUGAUGCCCUCCCCCUCCAGAGGCUUGCACAGCUGUUUGUUGAAGCGAAUGGUGCCUCUGGGACCAGCCGGGGUGCUGGUGGCCUCAGUAAGCAAGCAAGCAAGUGAGGAUUCCUAAGGAGAGGAGAAGGGAGACGGAAGGAGGCUGAGGGAACCCUCCACAAGAGUGUCCAAGAAAGGGGUGAGGGGCUGACAGCUCGGCAGGCAAGGGGUGACAAUUGAGCUCCUGAGACCCACAGGGGAGCCACAGAAAGAAUGUAGUUGGUUGAGGAAGCAGUGGACUCAAAAAAGGUUGAAAACCUCUGCCCUGCAGAACUGAAAAAGCUACCCUGGAGUCUGUUAGCUUUAAGGCAAAAUUGUAUCUUAAAAAGCAGAGACAUCACCUUGCCAACAAAGGUCCGUAUAGUUAAAGCUCUGGUUUUCCCAGUAGUGAUGUAUGGAAGUGAGAGCUGGACCAUAAAGAAGGCUGAUCGCUGAAGAACUGAUGCUUUUGAAUUAUGGUGCUGGAGGAGACUCUUGAGAGUCCCAUGGACUGCAAGAUCAAACCUCUCCAUUCUUAAGGAAAUCAGCCCUGAGUGCUCACUGGAAGGAUAGAUCCUGAAGCUGAGACUCCAAUACUUUGGCCACCUCAUGAGAAGAGAAGACUCCCUGGAAAAUACUCUGAUGUUGGGAAAGAUGGAGGGCACAAGGAGAAGGGGACGACAGAGGAUGAGAUGUUUGGAUAGUGUUCUUGAAGCUACUAGCAUGAGUUUGACCAAACUGUGGGAGCCAGUGGAAGACAGGAGUGCCUGGCGUGCUCUGGUCCAUGGGGUCACGAAGAGUCGGACACAACUAAACGACUAAACAACUACCUUUCCCCUUUGCUGGGGGAUGCUCAACUCUGGAUUUCCUCCAAUGAGCAGAGGCGUAGGCCAGGGGUCGGCAAGGUUUACCUCGCCUGGGCCGGUUCACUCCAGCAGAGAUCCCUCCUUGGGCUGGAUCACGCGCCCACGAUUUCUGUGCAGACACAAUUUUCAACGCCACGGAAGCGAGUCCCUGCACCACAUUGUGCCGGUUUAGGACAGCGCGCAGGGACUCGCCAAGCAGGCGACUCAGUUCGGGGGCAGCUCGUGGGCCGGUUAAAUGACCCCCAUGGGCCGCUUGUGGCCCCUGAGCCUUAGGUUGCCGACUCCUGGUGUAGACUAUGGAUAUAAGGUGUCUUCCUUAAGGCAGCAUAACUGAGCUGUCCCUUUUAUCUUAUACACCAAUUUAACUGUAAUAACUUACACGUGGGUGGCGCUGUGGGUUAAACCACAGAGACUAGGACUUGCUGAUCAGAAGGUCGGCGGUUCGAAUCCCCGCGACAGGGUGAGCUCCCAUUGCUCGGUCCCAGCUCCUGCCAACCUAGCAGUUCGAAAGCACUUCAAAGUGCAAGUAGAUAAAUAGGUACCGCUCUGGCGGGAAGGUAAAUGGCGUUUCCGUGCGCUGCUCUGGUUUGCCAGAAGUGGCUUAGUCAUGCUGGCCACAUGACCCGGAAGCUGUACACCAGCUCCCUCAGCCAAUAAAGCGAGAUGAGUGCCGCAACCCCAGAGUCUGCCAUGACUGGACCUAACUGUCAGGGGUCCCUUUACCUUUACCUUACUCAAAGCCAGCCGGUGCAAUUUAUAGCAAGCCCAAUUUUAACUCUGGUCUCCUGUUAAGAGACACCGUUUUUUGGUGGUGGUGUGGGGAGUGAUGAUGAAGUGGACAGAGGCCAUUGUGCAGACUUGGCUUUGCCCCACUUCUUUUUGAGUUAAUGCAGGGCAUUGUAUCUGCUUGCCUCUCUCCAAACAGCCUCCUUUAAAUAAUAGUGAAUAAGCUGGUGCACAGACCGUGGGACUCAAGAGCUGCUCUUCAGCUGGUUAAAAGCGGAUUUGUAGGAUCAAGCGCUCCACCAAAAGUGUAGAAUGUUAAGUGUCAUUUGUCAUUGUCACUUGGGUAACCUGUCUUUUUUUCUUUUCUUUUCCAGCUAUGUCCAGAUUACUGAACGUAAGGGCUGGCUGGCUAGGCCUGCAUCAAGACUUAGCCACUCGUGAGUUGAGGACCCAUAAAGGCUGUAGAAUCCAUAUUAUGCAGUUCUGGUUUCUGAGCACUGCAGUGCCUUAUGUAUUGCUGCUGCACUGUUUUUAAAGCUACGCUUUCGGCAAACAAAAGUUAAAAGGGUUUGUUCUUUUGUUACGAAAACAGUGGUUUAGGCUAGUGAUCCAGGACAUAACUUGUUUUCCAGCAGCUUGUUUGUGUGUGUCAGUUGGUGUGUGCUUAUGGCGAUUUUAUUUUAUUAGCGUUGCAUACAUUCCUAGCUUGUUCCCUGUGAAAUGGAAUGUUCUUUUAAAAACAAAGCACCAAGAACGUUCAAAUUGGAAGCCUAGAUUUCCUGCAGAAAUCAAAUCUGGUUUCGUUGCUGUGUCACAGAGAGGCAAAAUGCAUGCAAAUCAGGAUUCCUUGGUGGGGUACUGUUAACUGCACAGUCCUGACUAACUGUGGAGUCCUAGUUAGGGCUCUUUCAAAGUACACCCCCUGUUCCGUGGGGUGUAGCUUGACAUAAGCAUUGUACCCCAAGUACACAGCACUUGCGCCUCGUCUAACACUUGCGAUUCCAUUUUGGCCUACAGGAAAGCUAAGUGAAAGUGUGUUGCUGGAGGUGGGAACAAGAUCAUUCACUAACUGCAGAGCGCUAGUGUGGAAAUAGGCAAGGAGUCCCCCAGGAACUUUCAAGAUCCUAAGGGAUAUCUCAGUUGGUAGAGCAUGAGACUUACUACCAGGGUCAUGGGUUUGAGCAGGGGGGGGGGGGGGGCGGUUGGACGUGAUAGCCCUGGGGGGAUGCUGCCAACUGUACAAUUCUAUCGGAAUACAUGAAGAUACUAGAGGAAAGGUUUACUUUUCUGCACUGCCAUCUCCUUUUUCUCUGUAGUAUUCCAAAUGAUGGUUUGCAAGAGAAAGUUGCUUCUUCCUGUUUUAAUUGUGUAUUGCUGUGUUGUUAAAACAAAACUGAACAGGUGGAGCAGGAUUUGCAGCUAAGAGUUGCUGUAGAGCUCAACGACAAGAUCACAGUUAUUGCUGUACCCAAUUUUAAAGAGCAGAAUUCCCUAUUAUAUAACUGGUUAUCUUUUCCUAAAUACAGGAACGCUUUAAUGACUUAACGCUGAAAGCAUUUAGAGGGCAGAGGCAGGUAAUAGUUCCAGCUCUCGUAACUCAUCUGGCAGUGGAGUCAAUUUUUACCAGGAGUGCCCCCCCAAAAAUAAUAUGCCUAUUCUGUAGGUUUCUAUCCAGUAAGCCACUUUUAUUGCAACCAAGUGGUAUAUAGAUUUUGUUACAUGCACGCUCUGCGUAUCAGAGCCAUUCAGUAAAAGGAUGAAUUUGCAAAAUAAGCAGCAUUGUUAGAUUUGGGGUUUUCCCCCCCUAUUCCUGCCGUGGUAACCUUUUAAUGAUCCCAUGUAUUUUGUAUUCUGUGUUGGCAGACCAUAAAUGACACACACAGUUUGAAGACUGUAAAUAAGUGGCAGCGCCUAAUAACACGUGUGUAAUUGUGGCAUACCUUCGGUGUGUUUGGUUGCUAAUGGAAUACAGUGGUACCUCGGGUUAAGUACUUUAUUUGUUCUGGAGGUCCUGAAACUGUUCUUAACCUGAAGCGCCACUUUAGCUAAUGGGGCCUCCCGCUGCUGCCACGCCGCUGGAGCAUGAUUUCUGUUCUCAUCCUGAAGCAAAGUUCUUAACCCGAGGUAAUAUUUCUGGGUUAGCAGAGUCUGUAACCUGAAGCGUAUGUAACCCGAGGUACCACUGUAAUGGUUUCCCAUGGUGUCUCUUUUCAUUAAAAGGGAAUUGCUUUCUGGAGAGAGUCUAGAUUGUGGAGGGAAUUAAGAGACUGAUUCUGUUGCCUAGGCUGUUCAGUGGCUAAGGCUUGUGUGCCUCACUUCGGCUCCAGAAAGAUUAGUUCUACAGCCCCUCUAUGCAACAAGCAGUACAGUCCUCUUAAGCAAACUAGAGUCCCAGCAGUGCACGUUUCACAAUACACAAGUUCAGAUUGGACCCCCCCCCCAUCACUCAGCAAAUGUGUUUUGUAAAGCUGCUAUAGAAAGAAUGAAAAGCUUAAUUAAUAUGCUUCCACUGAGAACACACAUGCAUAGAUCGGGGAAGAAAAAGCAAACCACCUUUUUUUUUUUUUGUAAGCAUGUUUAUUAUGUUGUAAAAUGCAACACCACUGAAUUUGGUAAUCCUGAAAAUAAAUCUUACGUUCAGAAGUGGUACAGCUCAAGUAUAUAUUAAGUUUAGAUUCAGUUCAUGGGGAAACUGUCAAGAGGCAAAUACAAUCAUCAUAGUUUCUCCUCUACAAUAAAGAAUGUCAAAUGUCAAGCCCAGGUAUUUUACUCAUUGGGUCACUACAAACAGUCACUGGUAGUUCUGCUAUGAAACUAAAAAGGACAUGCGUCCAGCACAACACAUCCACACAAAAAAUGGGAUAGCUGAUUCUAGGACUAUUGCAGGAGCCAUUUAUGUACGAAGCAUAAAAUUGACUUAAUUCUAUAGGCUGUGAUGAACAAGUAUAGAAUGCUUAGACUUUAAAACUGAGUGUGUUCUUCAAGCAAAACAAGCCUUUUUGGUAAACAAAAAACAUGUUAGCAACAGAAAACAGAACUAAAGGACAGUAUAUUUAUAAAUAAACCCACAUGUAAAUGAACUGCCUCCAAUGGGCCACAAUUACUUUACAAAUUGCAACUUCCUCUUGUAAUGAGGAAAAGCUAUACUGUAACUACCUUCGAAGAGGCUGGUACUAAAAUAGUUGCUGUCUACUGGCAGGGUGGAAAUACUAAUGUUAAUCUCAAACUAUUUGAGGGGAAAUGGCUUUCAUUUGCUUAUAUGCAUAAUGCUUUUUUUUCCUUUGCAGUAUUACAAUUUGAUUAAAUAGUGAUAACUAUAGACUACUGAAAUGUCAAAAGGAUAAAUUUGAAUACUUUAAGGAGAUACACGUAGAAUAUGAUUCAUUUUGGAGAAAAGAACAGCUAUGACUCUCUAGGCCCGGCAAAUGGACUUUUAUACUUUCAGUCUUUGCAGACUACAGUGGUGCCUCGGAAGACGAAAUUAAUCCGUUCCGCGGUUUUUUCAUCUUGCGAAGCACGGCUAUUAGCGGCUUAGCGGCUAUUAACGGCUUAGCGGCUUUAAGAAAAAGGAAACAAACUCGCAAGAACUCGCAAGACGUUUCGCCUUGCGAAGCAAGCCCAUAGGGAAAUUCGUCUUGCGGAACGACUCAAAAAACGCAAAACCCUUUCGUCUAGCAAGUUUUUCGUCUUGCGGGGCACCACUGUAUUGCUAAGCACUCCUGAGGCGCUGCAGUAAAUUCUGUCCUCAAUUUGGCUCAAAGAACGUUAGUGGAGGGGUGUGGCACAGAGCCCAGUGGAUGGCAUUUAGGAAAAUAAAGCAUGUGGCGUUCUUGAAAGAAACUCCUAAAACCUGUGAAAAAAUAGGAUAUUCUACCAGUAAUGAGAGGUUUGCUAAAAUGUGCAACUUCCAUCUUUUAUUUUUGGAAUCCACUUUUAAGCCUCACUUGUUAUGCAAGGCCUGUUUUGGAUCCUCACGCCCAUACCGUGUGUUUUUCUGCGCGUCUCCUCCUGGCUUUACUAUCUACUCUUCCUUAUUAUACAACAAGAAUAACAGAAAAUGGUGGCUAUGAUUCUGGAGCAAUCAUAUGGCCUGCAACCCAGUUUCGAUCCACUGCUUAUUAUAAUGUAAAAUCUCAGGCCUAUCCCUUCAUAUGCUCAGUCUCAAACCCCUCGUCUUUCUAUGGUGUAAGCACUUCCUUAAGGAUGCAAAUCAUUCUACUUCAGUAAUUGUUUCCUUCAACAAAACCCAGUCCACUCUCUAGUAAUGGCUCAGCUGAUCUUCCACAGGAGGGGUAGCAACAUCAACACCACAUGGAAUCCUUAUUUCAAGCUCACAGAGAUUUCAUAUAGCUCCCACCUUUAUAAAACGCCAUUUGUUUGCAUCUAGAUUGAUUCUGAUAUGAUGAACAUCCAUAAUGACAACAUCACCAUUACCUGCUUUGAUCAGGUCGCUUAAGCAAGUUGCACAUAGCAUGAGUGUCACCAAGUUGAGAAUGGAGGUUAGUUGGAAGUACCCUUCUGACACCCUUGUUGCAAUUAUUUCCCCUGGCGUGAAACCAGCCCCCACAUCACCUUUAUCCACACAUAAUUUGAAUUUAGAUUUACACACUAUAAAAUGCCAGGUUCUCUAUUUAUACCUGCAGGUCCUUGAUUGGAAUAAAGUAUUUGCCACUGCUAAAUAAAGAAUACAAGGAGGACACUUGCCGUCAGUCAUAGUCCAAUGUGGUAUGUAUACGAUGAUUCGGUGAAAACAAAGAGUGUUGAGAAGAACCAGUGGCUGCCAAAGGACUGAGGAGUAUUUCAGCAGCCAGACAUGAGGAUAAAGCAGAUUUGAUAGAAACAUCUAAGAUCUCGUGGUUAUCUAAUUACAUUCCUCUAUAUCUUUUGGUCAAACAAACCUUAGAACAGAUUCCCUGAUAAAAACACUAUUCGAAUAAAAGUUAAGCCUAGACCACUGACCCCAGUCAACAAUCUAUACUUCUGAGAAUUUACAUGAUGUAAACAAGUAUCAUGGGAAAUUAAAAACGCAAGAAAUACGUAAGUGCAGAUUGUAGCUCGACACACACACAGAC